AUGAUAUUUUGGGUUUACCCCGAAUCUCCUGGACCUUUGAUCCAUUUCAACCCGAAAGGAUGGGGCGUUCAUUUAUUGAUUACUCGUCUAAACCAACUCUAUUUCCGGUUGAUGCCACGUAAAAGGUCUGGCAUUAGAGUGAAAGCGCUGGUUGGUCGUGGACUUAAACCGAGGACGUGGAACUAUGUCGCCGCUACUUACAACCACAGAACUGGCUUGGCGACUUUGUUUAUCAAUGGCUAUCCAAUAGCACAACGAAAUGUUGGGAAGUUCCGAAAUGGACUGGCAACUAAUUACCCGAUAAUCAUUGGUAAGAGGCCAGGAAGUCGACGCGUGUUUCGUGGACGUCUCGCGUGUUUCCAGAUAUUUAACGUGGCACUCACUCGACUCCAGAUCGUCGCACUGCAGAAAAAAUGUUUCCGUCCAAGUAAGCACCUAGAAUUUAUCGGUUUUAUUAAAUCUUAUAAGACUGCUCUCCUCAAUCUGAUGUUUGUCGAGGUCGAUCGCCGAGUUCGAAAGGCUCCUGGGGACUGUGCAAUAAUUUUCAGGAGGGGAGCUUUGAAACCAGAGGGGGAGGGGCACCAUGUAAAAUCGUAGCAUAAAGAAGGGGGCAGCAUGUAAGAUAAUCUUUCAAGGAGGGAAGUGUAUAAUGUUUUUGUGGGAAGGCUGCCUCUAACCAUAAUACUGAUUUCGUAUCAAAAUAUAGCAAAGAGCUAACAAUAAUAGACCCACCCACGGUUUUUUCAGCAUGGCUGAAAAAAACGCUUUAAAAUCAGUAAAGUUUGCCGAGUUUGAAAGUGAUUCGCUGAAAACUGACGAAGAUACAGCUCAGCAAAGUCGAUGAAUUUUACAGAGGUGUGUAUGGUGAGGGGUGGGGUGGGUGCAAGGUCGUGCCCCCCCCCCUCCCCCCUGUAAAAUUUCGCGGCUUUGUGGAGCAAUAGUUUCGCUCGCUUUGGGCGUACCAACUUUAAAAAAGACAACUUUACUAAUUUUAAGGCGCUGUUUCCAGCAUUAUAUAUAUUAGCUUACUGGCCUUUAUCAAAACUUUAAAAACCGUGGAAGGGUGCAUUAGUACUAAAGCUAUGAACAAUUCUGGUUACAUGAUAUUUUAGCUCAUUUGUAACUGCACACGGGUGUAUCCAGGAUCUCGGGUAGGCGGUGUCCCAUUACAAGACAAAACGAACUAACAGAUUUAAUGUCCCCUCAAAAGUAAUUACUAUUAAAUGUAAAGACACCCCCAAGAGGAUGUGGCUUUAUGCUCCCAAAAAUGAGCAGCUCAAAGAAACAUUGCCAAACAUUGAGUCGAACAACGAGCACCAACUCAGUUCGCCGACGGGCGAAUAGGUAAGAUAAGUAGCGCCAUUAACGAUUCAGUGGAGGGAAAGAGGGACUAGUAGCUCGCGUUCUGAGUUAUGUUCGUGCUGAUCAUGACUCAACCAGAAAUCGAAGGCAGUGAUCCAAAUGACUCAGAGUAUCAAUAAAGUGACCAGCUGGAGGUCGGUCAGAACUAACUUGCCUUUUUUGGCAGGGGGCGCUACGUAAUAUUACUUCAUGCCAGGCUCUUUUUUCAGAGUCCCCCUCCUGAUAAUUAUUGCACGAUCCCUUGAUUCUUGUGGCGAGCGAAAAUUGGGCGGAGUACAAAUUACCCGUUAGGGUUGGGGCGAGGAAUCAAGAAAAAUAUUCUCACUUUCUUUCACUCCCAGUCCCCUUGCUCUCUCCCCAGAGUUCGAACAGCAUAUGAAAUCAUGAUGGCGAUUUUUUGAACUCAGGGAUCUCUCUCGACAAUCACCAGGGAAAUGGGGGAUUAUGAAUAGCCUAGUAUUUUAUGCCCUUUCUCCAUGAAAACUAACGGUGUUAACGUUGGUUUUGUUUUCUCUCCAGUUCCCACACGCCCACCAACGCCAGUACCAGGUGAUUAUUCUUUAAUCCUCUUUAAAAAUGUUUAUAGGGAAGUACAUGUAUAUGCUAAAGCAGUGACAGUUAUACUCCGCCAUAACUUUCUGCUUGUUUUUGAUUCCAGUCUGUAAAUCUCGCGUGGACCUUGGAAUACUUGUCGAUGUCUCCAGAAGUAUAAUGCGAAAGAACUUCAGAAAGGUCAUUGAUUUCUUGAAAUCGCUGGUUAGCUUCUUUCCGCUUUCUACGCGAGGAACCAGGGUUGGUUUGAUGAUAUUCCAUUCUCGAUCCCAAGUCGUGUUUGGUUUCAAUCGAUAUGGUUCACGAGCACAACUUGUGAGGGCAAUUGGCCGCUUAAGGUUUGUCUGACUGUGGCAAGAAAAUAUAAACUGGGAAAUUUGUUUCUUAACACUAAAUGAUUUAAACCUACGUUAGGGGUAAUAUAAUGUAGAGUUUUUUACGUCCACUCUGAAAUUUGACUAGGCACCAACCCCGGCGGCGUGGUACGUACAUCGGAAGAGCACUGCGUAACGCCAGAAGAAGACUUUUCCGCAGGCGAUCACCACGUGGACGUAAACGAGCUCUACUCGUCAUAACCGACGGUGUCUCCGCGGAUCGUGUUCGUCGACCCGCUUUACGGCUCAGGAAAGACGGCGUGGAAAUCUUUGCCUUGGGUGUUGGAUCUGGUUUUAGAAGACGUCAGUUGCAACUUAUUGCCUCAAAUCGUCUUAAUCUAUUUACAGCCGGUUUUAGCCGUCUUGGAAAAGUCGUGAAAGCUAUUAAAGAGAAAGUAUGCGAGCCUGCUAAACCAUCACCUAAACGUAAGUUCUCGUGUCUUUUGCUAAAAGUAGAGAGUAGUUCAAUGAAUAGCAGUUAUUAUCAGCAGUAUUAUUGUUGUUGUUUUAGAUCUGUAUCAAGAUGUCGAGAAAAGUCAAAUAUUAUUCACCAAUUGAGAAUAAUUUUCCCUUUCAUUCACCUUAUCUCGUUCCAACUUUCUUCUGGCAUUUAUCCUCUUCAUUUCUUCUCCGCCUCCCUGCCCCCGUCCCCCGCUGAAUCCUCGCGUGGUGUUCAAAACACUAGUUAGAAACACUUGGAAGAGGUAGGAUGGAUCAUUCUUCAGUUCUUACGAAAAUGGUCAGUUUUCUUAAGUCUGUUCUCUUUUUUUGUUUUGUAGCCCCCGUUCCACCGCCAACAAGUAAGUACGGUAUAAAUUUAGAUAGGUUACCUGUUGGUUCAAGAUGUAUUUUAUUUAAUAUAAGAAUUAUGAAUAGUUUUAGGACAAUAAUAAAUAAUUGUGUUCCCAUUAAAACUGAUCAGCUUCAUUUGAUCAUUCAAAGCUAUUUUAUGGAUUCCGGAUUCGUAAUAAAAAGCUUUGUUUUAUCAGGACCACCACGUGCCGCGGCUUUGUACCCUCUUAACAGCAGAACCCAAGGUCGUGAUAUUGGUCCAAGAAAAAAUAAACCUGGGCGUUCUCGAGGAGUACGUCUGUCUCCUGGACCAGAUGGCUUCCCCAGGGGUUCAUUUUAUUUCCUCGGUCAACGUGGGAGUUACACGUAUUUUACAAACCAUGGAGGUAUCGAUACCAGAAACUCGAUCACUCUUUUAGCGUGGGUCUAUCCCGAGAGUGGUGGACCUAUAUUCAACUACAGACCCCGGGGCUCAGGCGUCAGCUUGUGGGUCAUCAGAACAAGGACGCUGUAUGCGAAGUUUGUACGGCGCUCUGGAAAAGGUGCUUUUGUACUGAGAACUCGACAAGCUCUUCGACCGCGCAUGUGGAACUACAUUGGCGCAAGUUACGACUGUAAGACUGGGUUAGCAACGUUAUGGCGGGAGUCUUCGCCCAUCGCUCAAAGAAACAUCGGAAGAGGGUUAAGGCUGGCCACUAACUAUCCUGCUGUUAUGGGAAACAAGCCUGGCUCCAGGACAUAUUUCCGCGGUCGUAUCGCAUGUAUGCAGGUGUUUGAUGUGGCUUUGAAUGGUCUACAGAUGCGCAAGCGCAGGAAUGUAUGUUUUAGAGGUAAGGAACAAAGCUUAGAAGUUCUCCUAGCUAAAAACAGCUCAAAGUUUUCUCAGGUUAUUGAAAUCUGCGGAGGGUUACAACCAGCUUCCAAUUGCAGAAGUUACCUGACUGCCAACCUUGCGUGGACAUUUAGACCUGCCCGAGAAGACUUGUUAAUCCGCGACUAGAACUUUGGAUCGAAAAAUCUAGUAGGGGCUUUCUGAUGUACCCCUCUACUUUUUUACCAAUGCUGUUGGUGAACUAUAAUCUUUUGCAUGACAUCAAUUUUAACUUUCUGUGUCGUACUUAGUAACCGAUAAUGAAUUUGAUUCUCUUCUUAGGUGGCCCUCCGCCCACGCCACCUCCACCUGGUAAGUAUCUUACUGUAUGGGCGAAUCUUUGUUUACACUUUUUGCCUCAUUAAUAUAUGCUUAUCACUAUCUGGUGAUGCUAAUAAAAUAAAAACUCUGAGUAUUGAAAGGGCAUAACAGUUUCAGUUAUCUCUGAAAAUUUGAGCCCAAUACACCGAAUGGUUUCGGAGAAAUUCUCUUCUAAAAACUCGAAGUUUUACAGAGAAUGUAUGGCUGAUAUUACAUUGACUUCAAGGGAGGGCUUCUUUAACUUGCGCACUUGUUUACAAACUAGCUUGCCCGUGAUGUUAAGUCAUACGGUGUUUCUUCCUCAGAACUUCCACUUCUCGUGGCCAUCUUCCCCCUCGACAAGGAAUCCAAGACCAAGGACAUCACUAAGAAUAAUCCACCAGGUAUACCAUCAAACGUCCACCCUGCUCCAGGCCCUGACGGACGUCCUGACGGAUCAACUCUUUUCUUCGGAUCAACUAACAGCUACAUCGAGUUUCCAAACAAUGGCCAACUAGACACCAGGCGUUCCAUGACUAUCUUAGCCUGGGUUUACCAUAACGGGCGUUCAGGUCCAAUAUUUAACUACGACCGGCGUGGUUUUGGUGUUCAUUUAUGGAUGGUUGGACCCAGAGUUCUUUUUGUGCGCUUUGUAAGACGCUCCCGCGGAAGGACGUCGUCAGUAGCAACCUACUCUAAAAAGCCACGUUAUCGCGCGUGGAAUUACAUUGGCGCCACGUACGAUUACAACACAGGUGUGGCGACACUAUGGCUCAACUCCAGGCCCGUUGCACGGCAAAGCAUCGGUCGCUUUGAUUUGGCCACAAAUUAUCCAGUCAGAAUGGGUGCUCGAAUUGGAGAUCGAAGAGCAUUCCGUGGAAAAAUCGCCUGUCUACAGGUGUAUAGCGUCGCUUUGACAGCAAAGCAGAUUCGUGGGGCGCGGAAGAGGUGCUUCAAGAAGAGUAAGUCGAUUUGAUUAUAUCUAUUGAAGAGGAAGACUAUUAAAGGGCUAGUUAAAGAAAUUAAACAAGUCUUUUUUUUACGAUUUUACAUGGUCUUCUGACAAUGUUUGGAAGAAGCACUUUUUUGGUCAGGUUUAACAAUAUUUUUGCUGUCUCAUUUAAGUUCUAUUUUGUCCAUGAAUACCCAUAAUCCAUUCAAUGCACUGACCAUUUCUUUCUCUUUUCCAUUUAGUUAUUAAGCCAACUCCACCUGGUGAGUACUAUUUUGUGUUUUAUGAAACCCAGUUAAAGCAAUUUCAUGUUCUUUUGUUGACAGAUGAUGUAUGAUCAAGACAAGAUGAAACAGACAACUAGUCACUAGGCUCAAUUUGUGUGCUUGGCGUGUGAAAAACAACUAGUUAUUUAAGAGGUUAACGCAAGGCUUGGGAAAAAUUAUAGGUUUUUUUUUCUAUCAGAUUAAAACUGUUUGUCUUUCUUGCUUUUCCAUUAGACUUGAAGACUUUUCAACAAAUCAUAGUGCCGGAAAUGAAUUUUUAUCCCACUAAAACUGUCGUGACUAAAACUUCCAUGCUUGCGUCAUGAAAACUACCAAUAGGUAUCUACUAAUGUCUAAUCUAGGGAAUCGCUACUGGCAUGUCCUUAAAAAGGUGGUACAUUGAUUCCUUUAACCUUUCCCUUUUUUCUGAAUUCUGGAGGGGAUGGUAGUCUUUCAAUUUGUUUAUUAAUGUGGCGCAUUUAGCUUUUAAGCAUUACUAUGAAUAUAUUUUCUUUUGUCUCGUGUUUGUCAGCUCCAGUAUCGCCCUCCACUCGUCGUCCAGGAAGUAAGUUUAUGUCUUUUUUUUCUUUUUCGUGGGCAUUUUUUCUGAAAUUAUUUUACUCUUAAAAUAACGGUCCCACGUCAAUAUAUAUGAGAAUGAUCCUGCUGUUUUCGUCUUCUUUCGCCCCCUUGUUCUCUUUUGCCCUUAUUUAUCGCUUUUAUAGCAACUAAAUAAGUACAGUAAACAAGAAUGAAUCUGUGGUACUAAAAUGCUUAAAAAGGACAUUUAUUUACCUUUUUAAAAUACCAAAUAGUUUGAACUGUUAAGAAUUAAUGCAUCAGUUAAUGUUUCUUCUUAAUUGUACUGUUUCAAUAUGUGAUGUUUUAUUUAGUGUGUACACUAUCUGUGGACCUCGGUUUUCUCAUCGAUGGCUCUGGAAGCAUCGAAUACCAAGGAAAAGGAAACUUUCCUCGUAUGCUCAACUUCGUCAAGUCUGUUGUCAGCUUCUUUGAAGUAUCCCAAGGAAAAUCACGAGUUGGUUUCGUGCUCUUCUCCUCUCAUACGAUUCCGAUCUUUCCGUUUGGACGAUAUUCGUCCAAGGGUCAAAUUCUCAAGGCAAUAGAAAGGGUUCGUUACCCUCGAGGAGGAACUAGAAUUGGUAAAGCUUUGGACUUUACUCGUCACUACCUCUUCAAGGGCUCCUCCCUUCAAGGAAGAAAGCGAGUGCUGGUCUUACUAACAGAUGGUUUGUCACAGGAUCGUGUUGGUUCAGCGGCAAGUCGUAUGAAAGCUACAGGUGUUGAAGUUUUUGCUAUCGGACUUGGAAAGAAGGUUAAGCAUCGGCAGCUGAGGCUGAUUGCAACAGACCGGAACCACGUGAUGACCACGUCCUUCAGCACACUGAUGACACUCAUACUAAAGCUAAAGAAUCAAAUUUGCCGAAAACUUGGUGAGUGGAAUGUUUUAAGUUCCUAACAAAGUUCUGGGCGAAGUUCAUACUUAUUUUUUUACUAGGAUCCUCUUAAUUUUUUUGCACUUUACUUGUCAGUUCCUACAGUUCGCCCAGUUACACAACCAACGAAACCAAGGGGUGAGUCACUUUAUUACUUUAACUUUUAAUUCAAUGACGCAAUAUAAUCUCUCCAUAUUAUUGGAGCAGAUUACCGUUGUCAGUCUGUUCAAUUCUGUGUAAAGGUUGCGCACUGCUCACUGAUGCUUCUCGUGUUUGGCCAAAAAACGUAGAUUGAUUGACUUACUGGUUGCUUGAACGACUGAUUGGUUGGUUGGUUGAUUGAUUGGUUGGUUGAUUGGUUGGAUGGUUGGUUGAUUGAUUGAUUGAUUGAACGACUAAUUGACAGAUUGAUUUAUUGGCUGCUUGGUUGGUUUGUUUGUUAGUUGGUUGGUUGAUUGAUUGAUUGGUUGAUUAUUGACUGAACGACUGAUUGAUUGAUUGAUUCUUCCAAGAUUGCUCGGAAAAUAUAGUUCAGUUUUUUACGACCAUUAGUUUAAACUGGUCCAUCGGCAUUAUUAGUAGUUCUCUGAAAAGUAAUUGUGUAAAAACUGCUGAAUUGUAGCCUAAAUCGUAUCGAACAAUGUACGUUUUUGUUUACCAUGAUCUGACAAAGUAGCGUUUCAUAAACAGCGCUAGUCCUUCGUAGCUUAGUGGUUAGAGCAUGCGAUCGGUGUACGGAAGGUCAUAGGUUCAAUUCCUGUCGGGGACUCAGAUUUUUUCCUUGUCCCAUUCUAUGCUUGUGACAUGUUGAUCACAGUGCUCGAACUUAACUUUUAGCUCUGGUCUUCCACUGGACCAGUAGGCUAAGAAUUUACUGGUCCCAGGAGCAAAGUUACUGGUCACCCUUUACAUUUUUUUUUGCACGUAUUUAAUUUGUGUGUGUAGGUAAAAACAUGUAAAUGCCACACUAUGAUCAAAUAAACACAACAAUUUACAUGUAUCUUUUUAGUGAUACAUAGCAACAAUGAUAAGUGUAUUACAAUUAUAAUUCUUCCCAGUUACAGGCCAUAGUUGCAACAUAAAUAGAAUAGCAGCAGUUUUAUCAACUUCAUUGCUGUCUUAGGCUUAAGUUAGGUCAUCAAUCCUUUAAGCAAGGCCUUCGCAUUCUUUGUGAUGCCUGGUUCCAAUGCAAAAUUGCCCUUUCAGCUGUAAAGUCCUCGGGACUUGAACCAUUGAGGCAGAUGUUCAUGAGCAUGUCAACAGUUUCAACAUCAAGUGAGUUUCGAUACUCUGAUUUGAGUCGCCCCAUACAAGAGAAUCCCCUUUCACAGCAAGAUGAGGACACUGCCAUUGCCAGACAAAUCUCAACCACCAUCAACAUGUGAGAGAGUUCAAGUUCAUCUGGAUGCACCUGAUUGAACACUUCUACCCAGAACUCAGCCUGACUUAAGUUUGCAAUGCGUUUGUGGUCAUAACAGUACAGUUUUAGAGAUAGCCACUGAUCCUUUGAUACUUCCAAGUCGAAAGCAUUGCUUCUGAGGACUGCCUGAAAGUGCUGAGCCACAGUAACCAAUUCUUCUUCUCCAUACAAACCUAGAUCAUUUUUCUCUCCUUUGGCCAAGACUUAUUGUUAGUGAUAACACCGCAAGCUUUUUAGUACUGGGGAAGUGAAGUCUUCAAAUCUUGAGGCUAGAAAUUGCUUAGCAUCAGUGAUGAUUGAUGCUUUACUUUGCUCAAACAAUCUGUCAUCUGUGUUGGUCCUUGUAAGACUGACCCCCUUGAACACUGUUCCAGCUCCUACUUCUUCUUGAAAGGCAGCAAGAUGUUUCCCAGGUCGUCUUCGCAUGUUCUCUAAGGCUUGACUAGCUCGCUCAAUCUCAGCCUUCACUUGCGAAAUAGAGAUAGAAUCCUUCUGAAAAAUAAGUGAGAUCUUUGACACUUCCUCUAGAAUGUCCCACAUUAAAUGAAGGUGAAGCUGGAAUUUGUAAGCCUUGAGCUUCUUUGACAAGUUCCUACCCCGUCCUUGCAUUUCUGCUGAAGAAUCUCUAGCUUCUGCCGUGUGCUCAAAGUGAGAAACAAUUGCUUGAAAGUUUUUUUGAAGUAGAACAGUUAAAGCACGGAGCAAAUGAGGCACCCAACGAGUUCCACUGGCCUUUGUUGGUUUUCCCACUUUUAUUUCCAUUGCCUCUGCCAUUUCUCUUAGUUCUCUUAAAGCCUUUGGGGAAUACUUAUAGUGUUUCCAGCAGCCAUUUAAAAGUUCCUUGAUGCUCAUCAUUGUUUCAUUGCACUUCAAAGUGUCACUAAAUGCAAGUUCUAAAUUGUGUGCUACACAAUGAAUUGGAAUAACUUGAGGUGCUUGUUGUUUAAUUAAUGAAACCACACCACCAAUCCUGCCCAUCAUAACUGAUGCACCGUCUGUGCCAGUGCUGAUCAGUUUUGCAUCCACUGAGGGUCGAUCUUAUCCAUAACCGACUUGAUUGCCUUUAGAAUUCCUGGUGCCUUUGCACUUUCAACCUCAGCCAGCUCAACAUAGCACGUUUUUGGAGCCCCACCUGAUACAAAUCUCACAUACACUAUUUCUUCUUCCAAACAUGACACAUCUGUUGCUCCAUCUGCCAUUAUAGAUAUAAACUUAGCAGUGCUUAAAGAAUCUAUGAGAUCUGCCCUCAAGGUAUCAGAUAUAUGUUUACAAAACUCUUUACAAGCAUGAUCAUUCAUGUACGUGUUUCCGAGGUUUAAGCCAUUCUUUUUUUGCAAUGAACACAACUGUGAGAAUAUAGAAAAUGGAAGUUUCAAAUAAGCUAUAUAAUAUGCUGUAUUAAAAAGAUACUCCAUUUUCUUCAAUGUUUCUUCAUCAAGUCUGCUCAAUGCAGCAGGCAAAGGUCUUUGCUCUCUUGGACGCUCGCUUGCACGUUUAGCUGCUAAACUCAUAGCGUGUCCUUCACUGGCCUCGUGAACCUUUAAGCUGUCAGUUUGAAAGUUAUUUGUUCCGACCCUCAAGGAAUAAUGUGUGUUUUUCCCAUUUGGAAAUUCCCUGCAAAACUCGCAAAACAUUUUGUUUUCUUUCUCAUUAAAGUGGAGCCAUCUGUACUUUUCUAUCCACGAUUCCUGAAACUUCCGUGUUUUCUUUAUCGGAGUUGCAGCAGGCGGUGCUGGUGUUGUGUUGCUUUCUUGAUUUUGCUUUCCUCCGAAGAAAGAACUCAGUGAGCAUUGAAUUUUUUUUCGUUUGGACAUUUCAAGAAGUUGUGUUUUGAAAGAAAAUAGAGAUUCAAUCAACAUCGAUCAUUUGGCAAACGCGGGAAGCCGCCAUAUUGAAUCCCACAAUCCAUUUAAUCUCAGCGUAGAACCCAGACUCUUACCUGCCAGGCCAGAAACGCCUAGCGAUUUUUGCUCGACGUUUUCGAAGCAUUCGCUUUCAGAAAUUCUUUAUCUGCUUUGACACUUUUAGCCCCUUUCAGCAAGAUACAAAAGCAAUUAUUUAUCGGGGUACUGUAACUUUACUCGUCCACAGGACUAGUGGCAAAAAAACCUACUCGUUUUGGGCAAUUUUUACUCGUUUUGGACGAGUGGACGACCGUUAAGUUCGAGCACUGGAUCACCUCAUUUCUCAUUUCUUCACCGAGCUGAAAAUUUAUCAUCAUUCUUAAUUUAAGUUUGGUUUGUGCCUUCAUAGUUAAACUGCCCAAAACUCUCGCGGUGUAUCCCCUGGACAGGAGAAGAGGUGGACGAGACAUUAGCCGAAGUCGAAAUCCCAGUGCAAGACUUAUCGGAGUUAGAUACAACCAAGGCCCUGAUGGUCGUCGGGACGGCUCCGUUCAGUUUUACGGACGACGAAACAGCUACGUAGGGAUUCCGAACACAGGACGACUGGACGCUCGAUACUCUAUUACUGUUCUCAUCUGGGUGUAUAACGAGGGCAGACAUGGCAUUAUACUGAAUUACAACCCUAAUCGUAAAGGGUUCCAACUUCGCAUGAUCAGUAGAAGAGUUCUCCAAGUAGUGAUAGUACAGCGCAGGCGCAGGAGAGUAAUCACGGUACGAACGCGUGGACGUUUCAUGAAAUACAAGGCUUGGAACUAUGUUGGCGUUACAUACAGCGAGAGACGACAAACCAUGACGAUCAGGGUAAAUUUAAAAGUUGUCGCAAGAAGGAGAAUCGGACGGCUACAGUUAGAUACCAGGAGGUCAAUCAGGCUUGGAAGCCAAAGAGGCAAUAAUAACUACUUCCAGGGUCGCCUAUUUUGUCUUCAGUUGUACAGUGAGGCACUGUCUGGAAAGCAGAUCAACGAAGCUAAGAAAAAGUGUUUCCUUAAAGGUAAAAAUUCACACUUCUGUAAUUGUUGCUGCUGCUGUUACAAAAUGGGUACUUGAAGGAGACGUUAUUGUACUUGUUUAGAUACCUAAUCGAACAAAAUGACGACUGGUACUUACGGCUCUCCCAGGCAAUCGUAAUUUUCAAAUUUGUCCUUUCACUGUCAACAUUGUAGAAUAAGUAAAACGAAUGCUUUACCUGCCCCGUUAAUGAAACAGUUUACCUAUAUCUUAACCAGAAUACAGACAUAUUUCGAUGCUUAGACCUCAAAAAUCUUGAUAUUUAGUAGUUUUUCCUAGAAUUUCAGCUGUACUUGACCCAUAACGUUUACAAGCCCGGCCUAUUGCUUUUCUUUUUCUUCGCAGGGCCACCCAUUGUUACUCCGACACCCACCCAGCAGCCAAAGCCUGCGCCGAGGAGUAAGUUUUAUUCUGUUCCAUUAAUUUUUUCCUUCUACCUGUUGUAAUUAAAAUGCCGGCCAACAUUGUUUAGAUCUUUUCUGUGAUUUCGGUACCAAUCACAUUUAUCGACAAGUUGUGUUUAUUCUAUUGUCGUUACUCUUCCCCGCAGUUUUUAGAAUCAUAUUAUUCCGUGAUAUAAUUAAAUAUUUCAUUAAUCAGUUACUCAUUUAUCUUACAGUACUUUUUGUUUCAUUUUUCUAUUUUUAACAGUUUGCCGAGCUCGUAUCGAUCUCGGGUUCCUUAUCGACACCACCACUAAAGUCGCCCGCUCCAGAAGGCGAAACCUCCAGCAGGUUAUCAACUUUGUCCGGGAAACUAUUCGUCGAUUUACAAUCUCUAGAAGAGCAACACGCGUCGGUGUAGUAACGUACGCGUCACGUGCUCGUACAAUCUUUGAUUUCUCCAGGUCGUACACACUAGGGCGUAUUUAUAGUGCGAUUCGCCGAAUUCGGUCUCUCAGAGGUAGAAGACGAUUGGGUAGAGCUUUGUAUUAUGCCAAACGCUACCUGUUUAGAGGAAAACCGCAAUGUGGAAGACGAAGAAUCUUAAUCGUGCUGACAGCUGGGCAGUCAAUCGAUAGAGUGCGGAGACCAGCGGUCGCGCUUCAGGGAGCUGGCGUCGAGUGUUUUGUGGUUGGGCUAGGACGUGUAAGUCGUAGAAGUCUUCAAAGGUUAACAACUGACAGGCAUCACGUGUUUGUUGUCGGAUUUACACAACUUUAUACUAUAGUGCGAACGCUCAAGGACAGGAUUUGCUACUCCCCAGGUAAGGGCUCUGCAUAUUUAAAGUGACCUCAAGUUAAUUCAACUUGAUUCAAAGCUUUGCACGUGGAAAGAAUCAAAUUCAUUACCUUGGUUGAUGACUCAUUUUCUCUUGUAAAUUAGUACACAGUAACGUAAUUCGCUGGUUUCAUAAAGGGCAUACUACAUUCUAAAGGCUCCAAAACUCAAAAAAACUGAUUUUACAGGGGAACACAAUUACUGGCAAACAAAUAGUUAUUAUUCUGGCCCAAGAGGUUAAGAAUCACAACUGCCCGGAGGCAAACCAGUUGGUUAUUUAGAAGGGUGACCGAGCAGCCAAGGAGGUGAACUCGGGCUACCGAGAACAAAUCCAGCAAGCUUUAAAGGCGGGGAUUGAAAUCGGGGCCUCCGAAUUAAAAUUCCAGCGCUCCAAACGCCUGCCACCCUGCUUCCUCUGUGAAUGUCGCUCCACCCUCUGUUUUUUUUUUUUCAAAUUGAGUCCAUGCUCUGAUAUCUACAAUCUAGCUUCGCUGCUAUCGAACUUUUAUGUGCAGCUUUCUAGCGUCAAUGUUCCAGAUAUUCAUUGAAAUAUUGCUCAAAUAUUGUUAUUUGUUUUUAGUUAUUCGCCGUGGCGCAGUCGCCGUUUACCAGUUUACCAGCGAGUCCAAAAACCGUGACGUCAGUAGUUUCGUCAAUCCACCAGCGAGAUUUGUUGGUGUGUUCUAUUCACGUGGCCCUGACAACCACCCUAGAGGCGCCAUCUCCUUCAGAGGAAUAAGAACUAGCUACGUCCUUAUCCCCAACAACGGCUGCCUAGAUACGAGGUAUUCAAUAACAAUUAUUUUCUGGGUUUACCCCGAGAGUCCUGGACCAUUAAUUCAUUUCAAACCAAAUGGCUGGGGUGUUCAUGUUUGGAUAGUGAAAUCAUUUAGACUCUACGCCCGGUUCGUUCCUCGUUCUGGUAAAUCUGUGAGGCCGCUGUACAAAAAGAUCAAGCCACGUCAAUGGAACUACGUCGCUGCUACAUACGACCACCGGACAGGUUUAGCCACUUUGUGGCUUAGCAGCCUACCCAUAAUCCAACGGAAGAUUGGACGCUUCCGUCUUGGUUUGGCAACUAAUUACCCGAUUGUGAUUGGACGCAAGCCUGGCGAUAGACGUAGGUUCCGUGGGAAGAUCUCUUGCUUUCAGAUUUACAACUUUGCGAUGAAUGGUGUACAAAUUCGCAGCAAAACGAAAAGAUGCUUCCGAGCAGGUUCGUAUCAGUAUUUUUUGGUAAACACUCGCUUUGAAUACAAUACGAUAAAAUCGAUUUUUUUUCUGUGGAUCAGAAUAUGUGCUGAAAAGCAGGCGAAUGUUUGUUUGUUCGACCAUCCACGCAUUCCCAACAUUACACCAGCGAAUUCAUAUGCUCGCGCGCCCUCGGUAAAGCCUGUACUUCUUGAGCAGGUCAAUUCUCUCCUUAUUUUACGUGAUUUCUGUUUUAUUUUACUUUAGUUCCAACGCCUGCGCCCCCAUCCCAUCACCAAGCCCAUCGAAGCCUCCAGGUAAGAUGCACAGCCUGUGUAUUUUAAUUUGUUCUCUUCUUGUCUAGGAUGAAAAGUAACCUAGAAGAAGAGUAAAGUCACACCCUUAUUUAUGACCCCCACGGCUCGUAAGCAAUAUACUAUCUAUUUGAUAACAUCCUCCUAGAUCUGCACAAUUCUUCACAUCCUACUCAGCCUCAUUCAGUAAUAGCUAAAAAUGCGUAGUGGCCUAGAAGGGGACAGGGGACCGUUGCUUGUUACUAUAUUUAAAAUCACAGACUCUAAAUACACUUUAUAUAAGUGAGGUUUGCCCUUGGAUAUAACAGUGGUCUUCUUUGUUUUCAGUUUGUCGAUCACGAGUUGAUCUGGGCUUCCUCAUCGAUGGAUCGGGAAGUAUACGAAAGCAUUUUACUCGCGUCCUUGACUUUGUCAAAACGCUCAUCAGCUUUUUUCCAAUUUCCCCGAGACAAACGCGUGUCGGUGUUGUGGUAUUCUCAUCUCGGCCAUAUCCCAUCUUUCCAUUCAACCGUUACUACUCGAAGACAAGCGUAAUCAGAGGAGUUGAUCGUAUAAGGUACCCGUAUGGAGGAACUAGGAUUGGUCGAGCGUUGAGAUUUGUUUCAAGGUACGAAUUUUCAAAAGUGAAGUUUAUUUAUGGAUGGUCGGGGCGACUGUGGGAAAAAGAAAUAAAAAAUAGGGAACGUUCAUUAAUACACAGCUGUGAAGAUGAAUUUAGGCUUGAAUUGCGUUUUAACGCACAAUCGAAGAAUUUUCGGAUGCUCAGUACUCCAACGGCUAUAGGCAUUUCAGUCAAACAGAAGAAUAUUUCUCACGUCUUUUAAAAGAUCUGUUUUUCUAGUUCCUGAUCUCUCGCCUAACCGUUUUGAAUAAUAAGGAAGAGGCCAAUUGCAGGAUGACAUCUUUUUGUUACCAGGACCAGAAUUCAUUUCGUUUUUACUUUUAUAUUUGAAUUUGGAAAUUUCAAUGAGAGUUAAUAACAAAAGCCCUUAUUUGCACAAGAAAGAAAAACCCUGAAGGGGCGGCUUGAUAACUCUGCAAGGCCAUGUCCACGGGAAUCCAGACAUUUCUGAAAUCGCAUAUUUUUUAUCCGGAUUCAUGUGGCCGCCGCUCUGAAUAGCGGUUUCAAAAACAAUGCAUCGCCCCAUGCAAUGGAAUUCGGAUUCCGGAAUGCGGUAAAUUUUUGCUUGUGGAAUCCGGAAUCCUGGGCUUUGGAAUCCGGAAUACAGCUCAAGGAAUCCGGAAUCACACUAACGAUUGCAUUCCAGAAUCCAAGUUCUACUGACAAAGACUAGAAUCCAGUACCUGGAAUCCGGAAUCCACAGCGUGGAAUCCAGAAUCCAGAACUGUCUUGGAUUCCCUUAAAGGGGGCGAAAUGCGAUUUGGGUGUCCGGAUUCACCGGUUUCGUUUGGAAAGAACUGACUGAUUUGUAGAAAAAUAGUAUGCGGUUUAAAAUUUAUCCGAAUUCGUGUGGACAUAGCCUUGAGUUAUGACCCUUAUUUCUGUUUUGGCUGUUUGCGUGUCGAGGUUCUUAUGCUGCACUGAUGAAGCUCACCUAUUCUCUAUUGUUAUGCAGGAAUGAAUGCACGUCCCAACUCAGAAUUAGAUUACGCGUGUUGGACAAUAUAAACGCGCAUGUUUAGAUUUAAUUAGCGGAACUCUUGAAUCAGGUUAAACUUCCGACACAUACCAGGAGGAAAAGGUUGAGAAGUCUACAAUUCAAUCAAGUGCUGUUGUAAUUUACAGUGGGAUCCCGAUUUUUCGAACCACCUUGGGAAAGGUUCGACUCAUUGGGUGGUUUGAAAAAAAGACUGUAAAGGGCUUGAAAAAUCGGUAUUCUACUGUAUGUAUAUAUUUUGUUGUCCCCAGGUUCCUUUUCUCGCGUGGAAGAAUAAGAGGAAGAAAGUCCGUCCUUGUCAUUCUGACCGACGGCAUCUCACAGGAUAAUGUUGUCCAACCAGCCAGGAGUUUGAAGGGCAAAGGAAUUGAACUUUUCUCCUUAGGGAUUGGUAACAAGUUCAGGAGACUCCAACUUCAACAGAUGGCGUCAAGUCCAUCGCAUGUGAUGACAGCCGGAUUCAGAAAACUGAGCACUGUAUUAGCCGCUCUUAAGCACAGGGUUUGCAUGCCUUUUGUUCCACGUGAGUGUUUCUUUAUAAUUACAGUCAAGCCAGGUCAAGCGUAUCCCCCUCAAAAUUCUAUUCAUUCCUCUAUGCGUUCUUGCAUGCUUUAUGAGUAGUGAAUUAACUCGCGAGGUAUCUAUCAAAUUUCUGUAAGCUUGUCAGUUUUCCUGAAUUUGAUUUAACUUUCUUCAUGGCAAUUUUUUCCAUUCAAAGAUUUUCCAGUUUGACCGAAUACUUGCUGCUCAUUAUGCAUUCAGGAAUGCAGAUUUAAGUCAACUCUACACUAACUUUAGUUGCGGCAACGACUAACGGAUUCAUGUUUCAAAUAAUCAGUUCAUUAACAGAUUCUACAGCGGUAUGCUUAACAUGGCUUGACUAAGUCAAUUUGUGCUAUUUCUUAUUGAAACUUUCUUGUUCACAGGACAAUCGGGAGCUUAACCAAAAAUGGCGGUUAAUGCGCGUGACUGGCCUUGUAAACCAAGAUAUAGUCAAACCCCUUUAAUACGGACACUAAGGGGGCCAUAGAAAGUGUCCGUAUUAACGGGGUGUCCGUAUAAAGUGGGUUUAAUUUAAAGAAAAUGUGAGGUCUUACGUUUCCCAGGGACAAGGAAAACUCUUCUUAGUAACGAGGUGUCCGUAAAGCAUUAUCCCUCUGUAACAAAUUUCACUGUUUCUAUCCAUGCCCAAUCCAGGCCCUGAUUUUCUAUAAAUGGAUAAACCUUUCACCUCUAUCAUCAGGAUUACGGGGAAACAUCAGUCGUGGUUACGAUCGUUAUUGAAAAAGCAAUUUCCUGCGGCUAAUUCUUCUUCAUCCAGUUGGGCCAGUAAAGGCGCGCGGUGAUCUCAGCUGAUUAAUUAUCCUAAUUUCCUGGAUAGUCUUAGAGAUUUUAUUUUGUCUUCAUUUCGUUAAUGCUUGGCUGCUUUUUGUUUCCAUAGCGACCAGGCCAACUCGUGCACCUGGUACGUAAUAAACGAUACCAUUGUUUAUUAGUAAUGAUUGGUAUCAUGUGCUAUGUAGUUAAAUUUCAUUGGCUAGUGGCAUUUGCUACUUGAUUUUCAUUGGUUCUUUAACUUUCCGAUUUGACCUGUCUGAUUACAAGCUCUUGGUAACCGGACAGUUUUGAAGUUACAAUAGCAAAAUUAUACCAUAAAUAUGGGCUAUUAAAAAAUAAUCAGAUUCAAGCAUUUUGUUAUUGACACAAUUAAGUACUAUUAUUGCUCAUUCAAAAUAUUUCUCCGUUUCUGAUUGGCUAAAAUCCGACGCAUAACUCAUCAUAACCAGCUACUGUCGACCAAAUUUGGAAGAAUUCUGCAAUAUGUGAAAAAUGACAUCAGUUGUACAGCAAAAUUACCAGAUUAUUGAACAGUUAACCGAGAAGACCUGGGGAGGAGGUUGAGUUGUUUUGGUAGUGGGUACAAAAUGGCGGAACAUUUAACUCGUUUCACGAGGAAGAAAUAGGCAAGCUAUUGGCUAAAACAAAGCACGAACAGCAAUAAGACAACUCGACUGACAACAUGUGCUAUUUGGAGAACAUUUGCAGAACUGAGCAACCCUUUAUCUCCUAAACGUGCCGAUAAACAUGUAUUUGAAAAUGAAAUUAACAUCGAUGGAGGUAAGCAUAUUUUAGCUUGUUUUUAAACCAGGAAUUAUUUUGAAUGAAUAAUAAAAAAUUAUUGAAUUCGGCUUUCGUAUCGUCUGAAUAAUUAUGGAAAUCGAGGAGGCUGUUAUCCGCCUCGAUCUCCAUAAUUCUUCAGAUAAUACGAAAGCCGAAUUCAAUAAUUGCUAAUUCGCAGUCGCCCGUCGAUUGUUUAUUUCAGUACGUUUCCUCUAAAAAUCGUUCAAAAUACAAACGACAACAGUGAUACCUGGGGCAAGCUUUUAUUUAGUUUGACACUUUAUGUUAUCAUCCUCCCUUAAAACGAUAGGUAUAAUGAGGAUGUAAGAUUGACAGUGAGGUAAACUGGCCAAAGCAUGAGCCAUCUGAGCCCCUUGCCACAUUUGAGAUGUAUUUCAUACGCUUAUCAACCGCUAAGAAGGCAGAUAUCGUGACUUUUCUGGCCUGCAUUUACUUAUCAAUCGUACUUCUAUUUUGUAACCAGUUUGCAGCCUAUCAAUUGACAUUGGUUUUGUAUUGGACGCCUCUGGAAGACAGGCUAGACUGCGCUUCAGACGAAUCAAACAGUUUGUCCGUCUUCUUUCGCAAUCAUUUUCAAUCUCGCCUAGACGAACUCGAGUGGGAGUCAUCGUGUAUGGCUCAAGACCCCGAAUGGCAUUCGGACUUAGCCGCUAUACCAGUUUACGCAGCCUUGAUCGCGCUACCAGAAGACUGCGCUCCAAGCGAGGUUCUAGACGCACCGGAAGAGCAUUGCAGCUUGCUCUUAAUCGACUCUUCAGGCGCAGUAGGAAAAAGAGGCUAUUAAUUGUGGUGACCACUGGACAAUCCGCUGAUAGCAUAAGGGUACCCACCCUACAGAUACACCGAGCGGGUAUUGAAGUCUUUGCUGUAGGUGUUGGUACACGAGUAAGAAACAGUGAACUGAGUACAAUAGCGACUGGCCCUCGUCACAUUUACAUGGUGACUUUCAAGACGAUAAACGGUGCUGUCAAGAGCAUAACCAGGAAAGCUUGUAAAGGUAUUCGUUAGAGCAGCUAGUUGUAUUUUUAUAUACACUUAAUGAACUCAACUCGGCCCGCACCUGAAAAAGAAACCUUUAAUUGGACAUGUUCUUAAAGAGCGGAGAACUAGUACGACUUACAUGUAUGACUGUAGAGAUCGUUUUGAGGGACAGCAAAAACAUGGUAGACAGCAGCAGCAAGCCACCUGUUCAAUUCUUUCAGGGUUAUUCUGCAUGACUAAAGAAGACAAACUUUGUACCUCAGGUGCUUAAGGAAUUUUGCAAAGUUAAAAAAAAUGUAUUUCUGAAACUAUAUUUGCAUUUUUUAACACAGCAUCUUUAGUGCGCUAUGAUUUGUUGACCUUCGUGCUGUCCCUACAAAAGAUCCCAAGAAGCUUUGUGACCGCAUAUUCUACCCAGUUUUCACUUAUUUAGAACAAAAAGACAGAAAUGAUGGCCGUGUCUCGCCCUCGAUAUCUCUUAUCAUCUUGCAUAGCAUAGCUCCAGGCGGGUACAGGUUGUUAACGUCGUGCAGCAUUACAUGCCUUUUAGAUUGUAUACCAUGUGACACGAGCUGCUGUUCUGUGUCCCUGUAUUUGUAUUUGCAAGAGAGUCCACUGUGAUAUUGGGAGUUGUUUUGGUUAAACCUUUUCGUCGGAACUUGAUCUGACCUCCGGUGCAUAGCAACGUGGCGUUGGACCACUAGGCGGAAGUAGACUGUAACUAGGAAAACAUGAGAAAAGGCAUACUCUUGUAGGCAUGUUUUGUCAACCAGAGAAUAAUUCUACACGUUAUUUCGCAUAACUUAAAAUCUCUGCAUGGGUCUAAGAGACGCUUUCCUUUAAAGAAUAAGCUGAACUGCUGAAUUACAUGCCUAAAUUUCAGUUUUGUUGCUUGUUGUUGUUCAUUUCUUUUCCCUUCGUUUUGUUAUUGUAUUUGUCUUUUGUAAACGUACUUAACUAAUUAUCUAUUCUUACUUUAGCGCAAAUUACGACACGGCCAACCUCCAAACCAACCAAGGCCCCGACUCCCAAAGCACCAAGUAAGUUUGUUGGCUGGAACUUAGUUGCAGUAUCGUAAUCAUAAAAUGGAAAACAUAUGAAAUGAUUUAUGGCAAAUUACACUUUCUAGAAGUCAAUGAUUUUUCGCCGCUCAAAGGAUUUUGUCCUGCUGGCAAGUCUAGGUGCAAAUCUCUCUCGCCAGUUUGAUGUUUUUUUCUUGUAUCUAUGACAUUUUGGUUAUGAAACAAAAGAAUAGUGAUUAAAGUAAUCAAAAUCAAAGCUAAGUUUUAAAUGAUGCUCAUGUUAUCAUACAAGUGUCUGGCCACCACAACAAACUCGUAACUUUUAGAAGAUGCAGUAGAUUAAAUCAAAAGAAAAAUCUGAGACUUAAAUGUUUCAAACGGUUCUUUGCUAGUUUUGUUUUGUCUUGUUUGUUUGUUUUUUUUUCUCAUUUGGCUUUAACUUUCUUUCCUAUUCAUGAUUUGGAAAAAGGUUUGUCUUCUUAACGUUUGUCUUCUUAAGUCAUAACGUUAGUGUUGUUUCGUAUUUCCUGUUCAGUUUUGAGUACUGCUAUUUGUUCUCAUGGCCUUCUGUGUUUGCAGGGUUUCCCCAACCUAUUGCAAUAUACGCCCUCGACCAAAAGACUCGAGCCCGCGACAUCAGCCCUGGGAAAAACAUUCCUGGACGAAGCUACAAUAUACGGUACGCCCCUGGGCCGUAUGGACAGCCCCGCGAGUCCACAGAGUUUCUUGGUCGUCGUAACAGCUACAUCCGAUUCCCUAACAGGGGCAGAUUAGACACUAAAAACUCCAUUACUCUUCUAGCGUGGGUCUUACCCCUGGGACCCGGACCCAUCUUUGAGUUCUUCCGUGGGGUAAAAUUCUGGGUCGUUCGAUCGGAUACACUGUAUGUUCGUUUUAUCCGUAGGAAUACGCAGCGCACUCGGGCGUUGAUAAAACGACGUCUUCGACCACGACGCUGGAAUUACGUGGGUGCAACGUACAAUCAGCGGACUGGGAUAGCUACACUUUGGCUAGAUUCACGACCGAUUUUAUCGCAGAAUAUCAAACGUAUCAGGCUUGCCACCAAAGGCUCGGCUUACAUGGGUACAAACUUCCGCGGACGAAUUGCUUGUAUGCAGGUUUAUUCCGUGGCUCUGACAGGGCCUCAGAUAAAGAAGGUCAAGAAUCUUUGUAAUCAACCAGGUAAUUCACCUGGUUACACUAAUAAGCUUUCUACUCGUAUAUCUCAUUAAUGAUAUUUACUUAUACUUUCCACGUCACUCCUUUUGAUAGCCGAUGACAGUUUGAGCUGAGCUUACUACACUCCUAGGCCAAUUAUCACUGGGUUAGCCUGCGUAGCAAGCGUUUCCAAUCGAGUUAUUGCGCGAAAGUUAUUGCUCUUGUCCCAGCUUUCUAGACGAACCUCGCGAGGAAACGCUUGCUACGCAGGCUAUCACUGGGUUUGUCUUGAAGAUAAUAGGCAUGGAGACACUGUUGUAUGCUUUUGAAUUGUAUUGAAAUAUAAUUGUUUGGUGAUGGUAUGGUAGGGCUUAAUUGACAUUCCCAUCUCCCUUUUGGUAUUUCUUAGCUUGUAGAAGGGACAUAUAUUCAUCAAAAUUAUGCCCCUUCAACAUUACCCUGUAAAGCAUUAUCUUGUCUUACUUUUUUCUUUUUCCUAUAGGUCCAAUUACACCAACGAAACCUUCCACAAGUAAGCAUUGUGCAGUGCUCUGUUAUUAAGCCCCUAAUUAGUGAAAAACAAUCUAAACGGGUAUUCUUAAAGAGAGUCAUAAUUGACUGCUUGGUUCAUAAGUCCGAGGCUGAAGUCCGACGCUAAUAACACAAACCUAGACAGAGAGCCAAUGAGAAGAUAGAUAGCGAGUGCAAUGUCAAUAAUUCAGGGAAUAUGUCAAACGCGUUUUCCUUCCGUAAUCCAAUAAGUGGGAAGAACAAACGAGGCACAGACCCGGUUUUUUUGGAGCGACUUCUCAAUACCUGGGAAUGGGAUGAAUCACUGCCAACUGUGAUGUAGGUUCUCAAAAUUAAUGAUGAAUUAUAACUUUUGAAGAAAUCCUAAAAUGCAUUUCGAAAAAAAUUAUGGUUUUGAGUAUCCGACUUUCAAAUCUUGUUCAGAGUAGUGAUUUCGUUUGUUUGCUCUUUAUGAAUUAAUGACUAUUUUCGUUACUGUAGGAUUACCGCCCGCUAUGGCGUUCUAUCCUUUAAAUGUUCGUUACCACACUCGUGACGUCAGCAGGAGUAAAAACCCACCGGGGCGCAUGGCAAAUGUGCGGCCAGGCCUGGGCCCAGACGGAAGGCCUGGAGGCUCAUUCAGGUUCAAAGGUCGAUCAGACAGUUAUAUAGAAUUUCCCAACAAAGGUCGACUGGAUGCCCGUAACUCUAUAUCAAUUCUAGCUUGGAUAAAUCCAGAUGGACCCGUUGGUCCUAUUUUCAAUUACAAGCCUAAUGGUUUUGGCGUUCACGUAUGGAUGGUCCGUCGACGCGUAUUGCUGGUCCGUUUUGUGACGCGAACACGGAGGUUUACAGCACCAAUAACAACAAACCUUAUCAAGCCAAAGGCUUGGAAUUUCAUAACAGCUACGUAUGAUCAGCGUUCGGGCUUUGCCCGAUUGUAUAUUGAUUACCGAGAGGUUGCUGGGAAAAGGAUCGGCCGGUUCCGACUAGCAACAAACUACCCAGUCCGAAUGGGAGCCCGGAUCGGUGAUAAGCGUUAUUUCCGCGGACGAAUCACCUGCGUGCAAAUAUACGACGCUCCACUUCAACCGAGACAGAUUCAAGCCGCGAAAAGACUUUGUCUCAAGACAAGUAAGCGACAAUUAAUUUUUUCUCUGUGUAGCCUAAAGUCAGUCUAACCGAUCUACCAAAUGAAAGUGUAACCGAUCUACCAGAUGAAAGUGUAACGGACCUACCAAACAAAAGUAAACGUUGAUAAACGACGAGAUAACAAAAAACUAUUCAUACCAUGAAGAUAAACAAUUUAUGACCACUGAGUAGUGUGAAAGAUAGUACGCUAUAAAACUAGUCGGUUACAUAUUGAGAGAGCAAAUAUACGUACUGACGGUAUAAUUAAAGUGACUGCCUGUUAAGCUAGUCCACUGUUUUGAAUGAAACUUCGUUUCUUUUGUGCCGUAAUUAAAAAUUUCCCCCUACCAGUUUACUUUUUUUAGAGGAGGCAACGUGACCGAGCGGUUAGAGCGUUGGACUUACAAUCCGGAGAUCCCGAGUUCAAGUCCCGCCCUGACCGCUAGCUGGAUUUGUUCACGGUAGUCCCGAGUUCAAAUCCUCGACCACUCCAGUUAAGUAGCCGACUGGUUUGCCUUCGGCCUGGUGGGAUUCAUAACCUUGUUAUGUUUAUUCAACAUUUCCACAUAGACCAAAAUGCUCCUUGUUUACCCUCAAAAUUUUGCAUAACUAUUGUCUUCGAUUUUUCUUGGGACGACUGUAAUACCCAGAAGAAAUUGGGAACAAUGGUUUCUGCAAAAUUUUUGGGGUGUAAAACAAGGUGCAUUAUAGUCUAUGUGAAAAUGAUGAAUUUGAUUUAUUUGCCUCUGUCAUUUUCUCGGCCUCAUUAGCCUUUGCCGAUAAAUAAAAAACCGUUGCCGAGAGUAAAUAGAGGAAUUGUUUUUGAUAUCUUUUGAAUAUGAACACUGUCACUUUCUUUCUUUUCUCUUUAACAGAGGUUAUAACUACACCUACCACACGUCCCACCCCAACCAAGCCAACGCCACCAAGACGUAAGUCACUAAAUGCAUUCCCAACAUUUUUCUGUAAUACGUCCUAUUUUUGCUCUUAUUUUAGGAGGGAUUUUAACUUCAUAUCUCUUUAAACUUUUAACAAGUUAAAUGUUUUUUGAGCGGCACGCACGCCAACCGGAAGUGAGGCCUUUUCUCUUUCAAUCGAGAGGAGAAGUGUGACGUCACGUUACUAUGGUAGAAAAAUUUCUGGACCAGAACAAUAGGGAGUUUUUGCAACAGCAAAAAAGCAAUAGGUUUAAACUGGCAAGAGAACAACUUUGCACGUACAUCACGCUUUUUUGUACAUCUCUUAGCCGUUGUUGCACGACUGCGACAUGAAACUUCCUACUUUCACUCGCCCGCUUUAUCGAGUAGAUGAGCACAACACAAAAAUUUUCUUUCUUUUUCUAAACUUAGAUACGGUCCUUUCGGAUCCAACCCAGAACAUUUCGCCAACAUUUGACAAAUUGAAUGAAACUGAAUAAGAUCGAUGAAGUUUGAAACAUCGCGAAUCUUAAUCUACCUUUUAAGUGACGUUUUUAUUUGUUGUCAUCCGGAAAUUUUGCUACUAUGGCAACGUGACGUAACGACUUCUCCUCUCUGUAUAUACCUCGACGCUAACAAAUUUGGUUUGUUAAGUGUUUUUACUCUUUUACAGACGAUUUGCCAGAAGGUUCGGGCAAAACCACUGUUCAAGAAUGCAAAAAGUCCACUUCGGUUGACGAGUGUCGCUCAAAAUCGCCUUUGCUUAAGCUUCCUAUUAUGUAUACAGGACGUGCAUUCCAGCUAAUAUUCAGUCAACAUUUACUGAAUUCUUACGGUAAUCUCUUCCUAUUGCUCAAGUCGAAGCUGGCGGAAAAGAAUGUUCUUAACUGACCUUCAGCCUGUACUUAGGAUGUUUUCAUGUUUUUUGUUUGUUUGUUUUUCUUUUUUCAUUCUCAGGCUUCUUAGUUGAGUUGACUGGGAAACUUCAGUUCUUUUCCUUAAAUGUGACACGUGAUCAAGAAUUAUGCGAGAUUAUAUGAUUUUGCCGUAUUGUGUUUUUUUCAGUAUGCCAAGCGAACUUGGACCUCGGUUUCCUGAUUGACAACUCCUAUAAUAUUAGACGAACGGGACGAAGUACAUUCAAAUUCCUGAUACGUUACAUCACCAGGAUUCUGUAUUCUCUACGCAUCUCCCGGCAAAACACUCGCGUAGGAAUGUUAGCAUAUGCCUCAAGACCCAGGGUUUUGUUCAGGUUCAACCGGUUCUUUAAGGUUUCUAGAAUACUGUCGGUGCUACGAAGAAUCCGACUCCGAAGAGGAUCUCUGAGGAUCGGGCGGGCACUGUACUCUGCUCGUAGGUACCUUUUUAGACGGAAGCGCCAGUGUGGACGCAAGCGCGUUCUCGUGGUGUUUGCAAGUGCGCGUUCAAGAGAUCGGGUGCAGAGAGCCGCACGUUCUUUGAGGAGAUACCGAGUUGAAAUAUUCGUCGUUGGUAUCGGCACACAAGUUAAGAAGACGGAAUUAAUCAAAAUUGCUUCCGACGGAAGGCACGUGUUUACAGCAUCCCUCAGGACAUUGCCCGCCGUGUUAAAUACCAUAAGAAUGAAAGCAUGUUCAGGUAUGUUUUAAUUCUUUGUAUAGUGUUGCAUUUUAGUUGAGUACGGUUUUUGGUGACAAAUAAUUUGCUCUUUAAGAAUUACUUGUCAGCUUUGGGACAAAACCUUUAGUUGUACUUUGGCAUAACAAACUGGUCUUGUUUUUACGAUUGCGGCUUUUGUAGUAAGUAGGUAGUAAACACUCCGACGAUAUAGUGACCUUCAAUUUUGGUCGGCAUAUUUCCCAACAGAUACCGCCGCAAAUCACCAUAGGGCUUUCCGUCACCAUUUUCAACCAUUUCACAAGUGAUUUCUCCAUAAAAUCCGAGCGUAACAUCGUUUUGUUUGAUAUAACAACCAACUGGUUAGUUAGCAGGUUUCAAAAUCUCAAUCAGUACGCCGUUUACAGCGCUAAUCAUUAAAAUAUAGUUUAAACAAAGGUACCCGUAAUCACAUGCACUCCUGGCUUGCGUAUUUUCCACUUCUCCUCUGUUUUCCGUUUCUUACAGUUACUGGAUCAGCUGCUGCAAGAGCUAUAUUCCCUCUCAGCGGUUUAACACGAGGACGAGACAUCAGCAUCAACCGCAAUGCUGCUGCCAGACUUGUAAAUGUCAAGCCAGCUCCAGGUCCUGAUGGUCUUCCUCUUGGCUCUUUUCAUCUGCAGGGCAUAGCAAACAGCUACAUUUACUUCCCAAACACAGGUUGCCUCGAUACCAAAAAUUCUCUUACCAUAGUUUUAUGGGUUUAUCCGGAAGGAAGAGGACCUAUAUUUCAUUACUUUCCCAAGGGCUGGGGAGUGCAUUUGUGGUUGAAGAACACGCGCACACUUCUAGUAAAGUUCGUGCCCAGGUCUUUGCAAACCAUCAGUGUUGUCACCAGCCGAAAAAUCAGACCAAGAGCUUGGAACUACAUAGCUGCGACUUAUGACCACGUCACAGGCUUGGCCACGUUGUGGAAUGACGCUAUACCUAUUUCCCAAAGAAAUAUUGGAAAAAUACAGUUAGCCACAAAUUAUCCGGCAAUAUCAGGGAAGAAACUAAGGGAUAGAAGGAUAUUCCGCGGUCGGAUAGCGUGCCUGCAGAUCUACGAUCGAGCGCUAAAUGGAAGGCAACUCAGAUCCAUCAAAAAGAAAUGUUUUAGAGGUUUGUGGAGGUUAUUGCAGUUGUUUGUUACUGUUAUAAAGAUUAUCUUAAGCUUGACGAUUUGUCAACACUAAGGCAACCACGAAAACAUCGCACUCAAUAAUCUUUAUCGGUGGAAAGAACUUCAAAUGUACGAAACGUUGUUAGUAUAACUUGCUCGCAUUUCUUAAAAAAAAUAAUUAUUUCCUCUGUUGAUUAUUUUAAGCGAAACAUCAAGAAGGUAGAAAAUAUAUCGGAUUCCCACACUGUAAAGCAGUUGUAAUUAGUUUUUGUUUUUAACGUGAGCUUAACUGAUGAUUUUCCCUGUAUAAAUGACGAUUUACAUACCUACAUACAUACAAUUAAUUUCUAUUUGGAGGUAGCACGUACGUAGUGAUUCUUCGUGUACCAGUCCUGGUCGAAUUGGAAUUUGGAAAUGUUGGUUUUUGAGAAGAGGGGGAAAACCGGAGUACAUGGAGAAAAACCUCUCGGUACAAAGGAGAGAACCAACAACAAACUCAACCUACGUACGGCUCAAUCUCGUACUCGUACCCAGAGUCUUCUAGCUUUUUGGUCAGCGGGCAGCGCCAGCGAGGACUUCGCACAAUAAGAAUGAUCAUGAAUAAGUUUUUCCGUGUUAACCUGUAAAAAUUAACAUUGUUCUUUUCGUUUCCUUUUUUCAGCGCGACCGACGCCUACUCGUCCACCGCCAGGUCAGAUUCUCCUUUUACACUUAUUUUAUUUUUUUUAAGAGUAGUUGUCUCCAGUUUUGGUUUUACGUUUAGAAUUUGAAUUUCUUUUCCGCAAUCGAGGGUCGACUUUCCAAACAUAAUUAAAUUUGUAGCAUAAAUAGCCCGAUUUUCUCACUGCUUGUGGAAUUCUUCCACCCAACGGGAUUUAACAUUUCCAUUGUCCUCUUUCCUCUUACCAGUUCUUCCGCUUGUGGUAGCCAUUUAUCCGCUGGACAAAAUAAAUGGCGGACGCGACGUCAGUAGUCGUAAGUGCCCAACUGGACGAAGAGUCGGUGUAAAAUUUGGUCCAGGCCCAGACGGCAGAAAAGAUGGCGCUACUCAGUUCUUUGGCAAUUCUAAGAGCUACAUAGAAAUCCCAAAUAACGGAAAACUAGACACUGUAGCCUCAAUUUCCAUUCUCACAUGGGUGUAUCACGAGGGUAUCAAAGGUCCUAUCGUUAACUACAGACCUGGCCCGGGCUGGGGAGUGCAUGUGUGGAUGAUAGGACCACGUACACUAUUUGCCAGGUUCGUCCGCAGGGACGGUGUAUUCACUAAGGCUGUAUUCAUUACGAGCAGGAAGAUACGCUACAGAGCUUGGAACUACAUCGGUGCGACUUACGACUACAAGACUGGCGUGGCCAAACUUUGGGUGAACUCUAGGCUACUGGUAGCACAGAGUGUUGGCCGCUUCAGAUUGGCUACAAAUUAUCCAAUCAGAAUUGGAGCCCGUCGUGGCGAUAAGCGGUACUUCAAAGGAAAGAUCUUUUGUGUGCAGAUUUAUAGCCGUGCCCUGAACCGGAAACAGAUCUUAGCGGCUAGUUCAACCUGCUUCAAACGUCGUAAGUUAUUUAAAUUUGUGUUCAGGAUAGACCUGUAGUAGAAUGGACCGAAUGAAAUAAAAAGCAGCACAAAAAUAUAAAGCAGGUGCUAUUGACACUUUAUGAUGUAUAAUUUUGCUUCUUGUUCUCAUCAGUCUCUCGAAAAGUCGCGAAAAGUUUGAGGUACAUUUUUUCUACACAUUUUUUGAAGAAAGUAAAGUUAAGUGAAAAUUUCUCACCUAAGCAAUAUGGCGCCAACGAGUGAUAUUUCUGUUCAUCAAUGUAACUGUUGUAAUAAAAUCCGUUCUGAGGUUAAACCAUCAUCCUGCUUAUGAAGAUAAACUUUUUCCAGAGUUCUAUCCCCGGUAACAUUUGUAGGCUGAAAAAAAACGUUUUUAACCUGGGAACAGAUUUUAUCCACAACACAGCUUUCCGAUCGUAAUUCUAUCUAUACCUGCCCAAUUUGUAAAUUGAUAGUUACUCAGCUUAAUAUUUAAGAUGCCUUCUUUGCAGUGUCUCCAGUCACCAAACCAAGAACAACACCGACCACACGUCGUCCCACCAGACCUCGGAAAGGUGAGAUAUAAAUCAUGAAACCCAGUAAUUCAUGCAAUAGUUAUUUACAAGGUUCGCACGCACCUUGUCCUUGAAAGUCCUUGAAAAUUGCAGUCGGUGCUGGAAAGUCCUUGAAGUUCAACGCUAACUUUAAAGUUUAACUACAGCUCCAAAGAAAAAGGAGCAAACACAGAAAGGCCUCGGGUUAAAAUUUACUCAUGUUGUGGAAGAACUAAAAAAUAUGUAGACUCAAGGCUCGUUUCUUGCACUGAAUGGAGUCCUUGAAAAAUUAUAAAUGUGUCCUUGAAAGUUAAUUUAAUUUGUUUGUGUUGGAAAGCAGUUGAGGUAAGGGAAGUGUUGAGUUUUCAAAAGGGCUUGGUUAUGCCCCGGCCUACUUUUGUCAAAACUAAGAACUAAUUAACGGAAAAUCGAGGUGACGGUAGUGAAUAUGGACCGAACCUUUCCAUUCGCUAGUGAGUACACAUCUUGCGAACUGAUUGCCCAUUUAACACUUCUAUUUAGAUUUAAAUAUAAAAAACAUCGACCUUCUUAUUUCAUAAAUGAUUUUGUUUGCAGGACCGCUUAGAGCCUCUGCAUUUUAUCCUCUAACUUCUAAAACAAGGGGCCGAGAUAUGAGCAUGUUCGGAAACCCUCCAGGAAAACUUGGCUACGUUCGGUCAGCACCUGGUCCUGACAAGUUACCUGGUGGCUCGUACCAGUUCUAUGGACGCUCAGACAGCUUCAUUGAGUUUCCAAACCGUGGAGAACUUGAUACAAGAACAUCGAUCACAAUUAUUGCUUGGAUCUAUCAUGAAGGACGCGCGGGACCUAUCUUCAAUUACAUGCCGAACGGCUGGGGCGUUCAUCUUUGGAUGGUGACUCCAAACACGUUGUUCGCGCGCUUCACACGCCGUCAAGGGAGAACCUUCACGGCGCCGCUUUCUAGUCGUAGGAUAACACCGCGCAAGUGGCAGUACGUCGCUGCCACAUAUGAUUACUUAACGGGUUAUGCCAAAUUGUACCUUGACAGUAGAGUAAUAGCGCAAAAGAAGCUUGGAAGGAUACGGCUUGCGACAAACUAUCCCGUGAGGAUGGGGGUCAGGAAAGGAGAUCGGCGGUACUUUCGGGGGCGAAUUUCUUGCGUAAUGGUGUUUGACGUGGCGUUGAAUCCUAAUCAGAUUGCACGCAGAAAGAAGAGAUGCUUUAGACGUAAGUUUGCUGUCGAUACGUUUAUCGGUAACACCACUUUAUUCGUUUCGAUGGAAAAUCUUUUGUUUGAAAUAUUCGGCUAAAGGACCCGAAAGAUUACCUCUAAAGGCAUUCAAAGAUACAGAUAUUUGCCUGUCUGUGUCUUCUCUGGGGUCCUUUUUUCUCACUUUUUACUGCUGGCUUUGCUUUUUUGUAGCUGUUUAUGUGUUACCCACUUCAUUACUUUGUCAGCCUUUAGCAGCACUCACCUUGUUUAUACGUGUCAAAAACCUAAAAAAUAGUACUCUUCUUUUUCUACGUUUUAAUUUUAUAUUUCUCUUUGAGUUAUCCUCAAGAAUCCUGUGCUUCGGGUUAACAUGUUUAAGUAAACCAAGAUUAAAGAAAAUUUGCCAAUCGAAGACUGAAAGAUUUCAUUUUACAAACGAUUCAAGUAAACUUAAUCUUGGUCUUUUGCUUUGUAUAAAACGUGUACUUGACCCAGAAAAGUUGGCAGCUUAAAUGGAGUAAACAAUUUUAAACCAUGCUUAACUUGAUACCAGAUUCUAACCUUGUUUAAGCUUUGGGUGCUUCUGGACUGAAGCUCUUGGUUCUUGACUUGCAUCCUUUUAACGCCACUGUACCGUAUUUAUCCUAGGUGGACCACCCGGACCAAGCGGAAAAGGUUAGACCAUUUUAUGUUUAACAAGUUUGCAGUGGUUGAGCCACCAUUUAAUAUCGUGAAGAACUAAUGUAUAUGAUUUAAUAUUUAAUGUUAUUAACAAGACCCCCAUAGUGGGGGUUCAUUGGGCUGCCGACUGCGUUUUUUAAGCUGGGGCUGUAUAGUAAAUUUAACAACAGGCAAGUUAGCCUCUUGAAGAAAGAGGCGAUUGGCAUUAUUUUUAACAGGGACAUUUCCACAAUGCACACCCUUCCCUUAUCCCUCAGCCCCCAAAUAUAUAGCAUCACAGUAUAACGUAACGUAUUUGAUCUAAUCGGAAAUUCCAAAAAUUAUUGUGUCGUUCUAUGCUUAUAAAACGUGACGGGGUCAACUUCUGAUGUGUUAAAUACUGUUAUAUAACAGUAAUUUUCUGUUUAUUAAAACUCGCAAAGGAAAUUAAGUUUCAGCUUUAUUUCUGUUGGAUAUUGCAUUUACAUGUAAAGCCCUUCUGAUGAUCCAAGUAAAUAUGUCUCUAUUUGAUGGGGCGAUCUACAAAUAGCGUAUUCCUUUCUUGUGAGGAACGAGCUUUCACACGCAGGGAGAGAAUUCUAACAAGUUGAAGCUUUUCCCGUGGGGACCGUGGGAGGGAAUUAUUUCUGCAGCUCCCGCGCAGGCUAACCACAUCAUCGAAUACUAUAUUUAGAUCAUCAUUCGGCGAAGAUAUAGGGCCAAUAACUCCACGCACUAAUUCCGUGUUCGUUCCAAUCGACUUCCAAAUCUGUUCGCCAGACGACUUGAAAUGACCUGUCCCCUCCCCGGAAAAAUCGGCGCUAUUUAUGGGGAAGUGGACACCCAAAGCCUUCUGGGAUAUCCCUCCGACAUUUUGUCUUUUAUCACCAUAGAAAGAAUGUUGCUUCUAGUUUCUUGAUUGGGCAUUACCCUCACGGGUAGCGCAAAAAUGAUAAAUGCAAGACUGACAAAUCGGUUCUUUUUUGUUUUGUCUUGUUUUGUUUUUUUCCUUUUUUUGUUUUGCUUUGUUUUGUUGUUUUUUUCCUUUUUUUCAGGUGAAGUCGAUACAUUUUUGUUCGCGCGGACUGUAAAAAAAUAAAUAAUGCCUCACUUUACAGUUGCCUGCUGCAGGAAUAUCCAGGCCUUGUUGGGAGCAAGGCUGUUUUGAUAAAAAUUUCACCUCAUCUUUAAAUGUAAAUUAUGCUCUUGUGACAAAAAAUGACGCUGAGGUUUAUUUUAUGACAACAAAAUCAGUGCCAGCCUCACUUCACCCAAAUGCUAGGUUCCUUAGCACCAUACAACUGAAAAUUAUUCUGUGGAGAUGAAAAAAUUGGAUGGCGCAUAAAUAGCCACCAAUGCAGAAGAUAAAUGUUACAGUAAUGAAAAUCAUGGCAGUUGAAAUGACAACUUAUGCAAUUUCGAAAAUAAAGCCUCAACUGCAUAAGUUACGUUUUCAACUGCGACGAUCUUCUUUACAUAUUUCUUCAUCCUGCAGUUCAAAUAUAUGAAAUUCAUAAAAUUAAUUAUUUCAAUACAGAAAUGGUUUAUAUAAAAUGCCUCAAUGUUUUAUUUGUUAAGCAUUACGUUUUGUUUUUACAGUUUGCAAACCCAAGAUCGACCUGACUUUUGUAGUGGACGCCUGCAGCGAAAACGUGCGUUUCACAAAAGCAAACUUCCUUCGAGUUAAGAACUUCCUAGUGCGUUUAGUUGGCGAGUUCCGCCUAUCGAUCAGAAGCGUUCGAAUAAGCCUAGUACUUUACGCACAGGCUCCCAAACUUGUCAUCAGGUUCAGCUUGAAAAAGUCCUAUGUCAUCAGGCUGAUAAGGGCCAUGAAGCUUGUGUGUGGUGCGCGAUAUACCGGAGCUGCCCUACAGUACUCUUACACGAACAUCAUACGGCGGACCUCCAGAAAAAGGGUCCUUGUUUUGUUAACAACGGGGGGCUCUAAAGACGACGUUCGUAGAGCAGCUGCUCUGCUACAACGCUCACGAACAGAGACAUUUUGUGUGGGAAUAGGAAGACGUUACAGCCUGAGCGAGUUGCAAUAUAUCGCCUCCGACAGAAGACAUGUUUAUACAGCGGCCUUCAGAAAUUUAGGUUCUCUUGUCAACCUAAUCAAAAGGAAGAUCUGCAAAUCAGGUUUGCCAGAGCUUUUCCAUUAUCCGGUCAGUGAUAAGCCCUUUUUAACUUGUUGUAGAGGGUUUAUUAAUUUUUAAAGAAGUCUAGUUGUACCAAAAGUACCUCAGUCAUCCCGUGUUACUAGAAACACAUUUAUUAGUAUCUUUGCACAAUGCUCAAGGAGAGAUUACAAGAAAGCAAAGCAAGGAACGUUAAAGUAGAGAAUUGUUUUAAAAUGACGAAGUUGGUGAAGCAAAGAGUAAAAACUCGCUAGUGUUGCUGGUUUCAUUUUUCAUCAUGAUCGCUUCUGCUGUUUCGGCUAGAGUACGCUUUUUCUGAAGCGCAUCAAUUCUAAGGCCUUUGUCACAUCAAGCCGGCUUCGCAGUAUCGCUUCAUGAACAGUCAACUAAUUAUUUUCAAAGACAUGUCUCGUCUCGUCCCCCACUCUGCGAUUGCCGACACAAACUCGCAUUCUCGAGCAUGCCCUCGAUAACGGGAGUUAAUUUUGUUCAUUAUUUUCCUUUAUCGUCUUAAAUAUGUUGUUUAAUUAUUUUAUUUUAUAGAUACGUUCAUACCGCCGACUAAACCAACUCAACGACCUAUGCGACCAAUUCCUCCCCGACCACCCAGGCCUACUGUACGACCUACUAAUCGUAAGUAAUAAUGUUAGUUUACUGAAUUUUUCCUUUCUGGCGUGCAUUACCGCGAACAUUGCGAAUAAAAUUGCUUUUUUUGAAGGUUUGUUGAUCUUCAGUUUUCUUGAGCCUGUGACUUGAGCGCAUUUUUAUUUUCGUUACUAAAACCAUCCGAGGAAACGUACGUUACUCCAUUGCUGUUGUGUGAUAGUUCUUGGAAACUCCUUUUUUCCAUCGAUUCUCAUUAAAACACCCACAUGAUAAGAAAAUAAUUCUGAGCAUUUUGAGAGGAGUCCCCCCGCACAUUGUUUUAUUUUUAAAUUACAACUUCUCUCUCUUUUUUGGAAAUAUUGUAGCACCUGUGCGGGCUCUGGCUAUUUAUCCUUUAACGAGAGUAACCAGGGCAAAAGACAUCAGUCUUAACAGCAACCCCGCAGGAAUUAUGGGAAAAGUGGGAACUAACACCGGACCCGAUGGUCGACCGGACACCUCCCACGAGUUUUUUGGUCGCAAGAACAGCUACAUCAUAUUCCCUAAUAAAGGGCGUUUGGAUGCAAUGAGAGCAAUUACGUUACUCGCAUGGGUGUUUACAAAGGGAGAAGGACCCAUCUUUAGUUACGGAGUUGACUUCUCAGUUUGUCGUCAAAGCAGUAUAUGUAUGGAGAUUUUUCAACGUGGCUCACAAAGCGGUGCAGUUGAUCGACUGCGAGCACCAAGGGUAAUCAAUUAUCGAAGUUGGCAGUUUGUUGGCGUCACAUAUGAGCAGCGAACGGGUGAAGCGAAAAUCUUUGUUGACAGAAAGUUUGUUGCUCGUAAACAGCUGAAAAAAGUUCUCCUUCGUACCAAUGCACGUCAGGCGUCUAUGGGAGCUGUUGGUCAGCGGUAUUUCCGAGGCAGAAUCUCUUGUAUGCAAGUGUAUGGACAUGCUCUAACAUCGUUACAGAUUAUUAGGCGAAAAUCAAGGUGCUUUAAAGGUAAACAAUGACUGAUUUGUUAGUCCCCUUAGGAUCAAUUUUCUGGCCAGUUCGAUAACCAACAACUGGUAGCCAGUGUUCAGUAUAGUCUAUUCGUUCUGAACCUUUUGACAUAUUAUAAUACUUUACUGAAAUUGGGAAUCCAACUGGAAGGAAACAAAUGCGAAGGGUACCAUCUGCUGUUUCGCGAGGUUUGGGAGUGUUGUUUUUUUUCGCCACAAACGUCAUCCUUGCAACUGAAUCUUUAUACGGUGAUAAACAGACUUCAUCAAAUGAGUUAAUGAAACUUGAAUUUUGUAUUUUACUCCUCACCGACAUCAACACCAGAUUUUUGUUUGUUUGUUUUCGUAAUUAACCCCACCCUCAUUCCUUUCAUAACACCAACCGCUACUUUUUACUUUCUUACUUACGCUGUCUCACAGCUUCCUAGCAAACAAACCUGUUUAUACUACAUAUUCAAGUCAGUGGUGUGACUUUGUCUUUACAUUGUAAUAAUAAUAAUUAAUAAUUUACAUUUAUAUAGCGCAAACCUCUAUAUGAAUAUAUUCGGUUGCGCUUUACAAUAUUGUUAUAUUAAAUUUAUGUUAAAGGUGACUAAAGCAUGAGCAACUAUUAAAAACUACAAUAAAAAGUAUUAAAAACUAUAAAUAAAAAUAAAUAAAUAAAUAAUGAUAAUAAUUAAAAAAAAAAAAAAAAAAAAAAAAAAAAAAAAAAAAGCUAUUAUAAAAGCCAACAAUUAAAUCUAUUUAAAAGCUAAAUUGAAAAAAUGAGUUUUAACAGCAGUCUUAAAAGUGUCCAAUGUCUUCAUGUUGCGAAUUUCCGAAGGUAAUGCAUUCCAGAGAUAAGGUGCAGCUGACUGGAAUGCACGAUCGCCAAGAGUUGGAUGGGUCUUAAUGCAUGGUAACUCGAGGAAUAUAGACUCAUUUGACCUUAGAGAGUACUUGGAUUGCUUUUUGGUAGUAAUGAAAUCAAUUAGAUAAUUAGGAGCUUGACCAUAUAAGCACUUAAAUGUCAAAAGUAGAAUCUUAAACUUUAUACGGUAACUUAUUGGAAGCCAAUGAAGGUGGAAAAGCAAUGGUGUAACAUGGCAGAAUCUAGGUGUUCCGGUGACCAACCGAGCCGCGGCAUUCUGUAUCCGUUGGAGUUUCAUGAUAUGUGAAUUCGGGAGGCCAUAUAGUAGACUGUUACAAUAAUCUAUUCUACUGGUGAUAAAAGCAUGAACUAAUGAUUCGGUGACUGAACGACUUAAAUAUUUCCUAAUUCUACGCAUGUUAUAAAGAUAAUUGAAAGCGGAUGAGCAAGUUUUGUUGAUAUGACUUAGCAUACUCAUUUUAGAAUCAAACCAAGCUCCUAGGUUUCGAACUUCAGAAGAUGGAGCAAUUUGGGAGUCCCCAACCGAUAAGGUACUAAUAUUACUGACUUUCUGAAGUUGUUGUCGUGUUCCAAUCAGAAGACAUUCUGUCUUAUCGGAAUUCAGUUUUAACUUAUCCGAAUGCAUCCAUCUACUGAUAUCAGCAAUACAUGAUUCCAUGGCAGUUAUAGCAGCGGUCUCCUCCAAAUCAUUUCCUGAUCUAAACGCGAUGUACAGUUGCGUGUCAUCUGCAUAACAAUGGGAAUUAGGAAGAUGUGAUUCGACGAUCUUAAAAAGUUUACUAGCAUAGAGGGAAAACAAUAAUGGCCCGAGACAGCUGCCUUGUGGAACUCCAAAUUUAAGAUUAAAAUUACUCGAUAGAACUCCGUCUAUAUAGAUGCGCUGGGUUCUGUUAGAAAGGUACGAUUCAAUCCAAUUAAGUACAGAGCCUGAAAUUCCAAAAUCAAACUGAAGGCGAUCUAAGAGAAUCCUAUGGUCCACGGUAUCAAACGCGGCGCUUAAAUCAAGAAGCACUAACAACGUGACCUUCUGAUUUUCCAUGUUCAUCAGAAUGUCAUUCUUGACUUUAAGCAGGGCAGUUUCUGUGCUAUGGUGCCGUCGAUAGGCUGAUUGCAAUGAAGGAAAAAGAUCAUGCUCAUUUAAGUAGGACUGAAUCUGAUCAGCUGCCACUCUUUCAGCCAAUUUUGAAACAAAGGAAAGAUUGCUGAUCGGUCGAAAGUUUUUAAAAACCAAGUCAAGACCUUGUUUUUUUAGCAGUGGUGUAACAAUCGACUCUUUCCAAAUGUCAGGGAAAAAUCCUGAUUCAAGCGACAAGUUUAUCGUAGUAGAUAAUAUCGGAAGUAACUCAUCAAGGCAAUCUUUCAAGAUAUUAGUGGGAACAGGAUCAAGUACAUUGUAGGGGUAUAUCCACUUCCUGCUCCUGUUCAACCCACGCGUCCAAUGCGUCCCCGUCCAACUUCUACCUCAAAACCUGGUACGUACUUGAUAAUUAUUCGCCGUCGUAAUAAUCUUAUGCAGUGCUAGUUUGUAGUCUCCGGGGUUUUGUCUUCAACGCGAGACCAAGUUUGCUGUCCUCAUUUUCCUUAGCUAUUGGACCAGUGCAGACACAUACUUUCCUUUUCACAUCUGUAGAAAUGAAAAAUUUCGUAGCGGGUACAAUGCCACUUUCGCUUUGAAGUUUUGUGAGACUUAAAGGCCACUUCACGUCACUUCUCAAAACUUUGAGAUGAAACCACUUGAUUAUUGAACAUUUUAACGUCAUUUCUACGGUCUAUUAGAGAAUAGAUCAUGGAAAAUUGUUGUCUAUUUGUUAAAAAGACCAUAAAUAUGAUCUAAAAGCAAGUGUUUAUCUGGAUUUUUUCAAGGGAAAUUGUCUUAGGAGUUUGUAAUUCUGUAUUAUUUUAGACAUACAAAUAUCAAUUGUGGAAUGAAAUGAGCUCUUUUUCGCUUGAUAGCAUUCUUGUGAAAUAGCUCACCACCAACAGAUGGUUCUUCAUUAUUUUUUGUUUAGUUCAUCCCCGAGCACAAGCUAUUUAUCCUCUCUCUCAGCGGACUCGUACCCGUGACGUAGGCUUGUAUAGUAAUCCUCCGGGAACUGCUCGCAACAUCCGAUACGCGCCGGGUCCUGACAGGAGGCAAAACACUGCAACACAAUUCCUUGGAAGAUCAAGCAGCUACAUUGAGUUUCCCAAUAAGGGAAGACUGGAUACUAAACGUUCCAUUUCCCUCUUGGCAUGGAUAUAUCAUGAGGGACGCGCGGGUCCCAUCUUCAAUUAUAUGCCCAAUGGCUGGGGCGUUCACUUCUGGAUGACGUCUCCUAGAACGCUGUUUGUUCGUUUCACGCGCCGACGCAGACGGCGUUUCACUGCAGCAGUGUUCAACAGGAGAAUUCUGCGUCGCCAAUGGCAGUACGUGGGAGCAACCUAUGACUUUAGGAAGAAAACUGCUAAGCUCUUUAUAAGCAGGCGGUUUGUCGCACGUAAACGUAUCGGGCGUAUACGAUUGGCAACAAAUUAUCCUGUUAGGAUGGGAGCCCGGAUAGGUGAUAGACGUUACUUCAGGGGACGUAUCUCUUGUAUGCAAGUUUACGAUCAGGCGCUGACGACAUCGCAGAUUUUGCGGCGAAAGAAGAGGUGCUUUACUCGAGGUAACGGUUUGAUGCAGAUGACCUUUUUAAGCCUUAUUUGCACUUGAUGCUUCAUUAGGAUAUCCACCUCAUUCUGUGGUGGAACCAUAAAAAUAUGAACUCCAGACUUUGCCAUAGUAUAGCACAGCACCUGUUCCCAGUUUUUCUUUGGUCACUUCAAUUUGACGAAAACGCAUCGCAUCAAGAGAAGGUCUGGGACGAAAAUCGCGAAGUGUAUCAUGAACUGCUGCUUUGUCCUUCCCGACACUUCCCGGACAAGCCUAGUAACUUCCUUGGACUUUAUCUUUAUGGGAAAAAAAAGUAGGAACUAAUAACGCGUUUCACAUGGUACACUUAGCUAUUAGAACGUAGCGCGAGUACUUGCCCUAUAUAAGUGCUAUUGGGUAGCUAUGAAAAAAUCUGUAUUUACGCACGCACUUGCGUAAAUAAGAUGACGUGUUCAGUUUUGUCUAUGAAACUCGCAUUUUCGUCUCUUUUUCUCAACUAAGUUUCCAAUAAUCGAAGACAAUGAUGAAGGGUUUUCUAAAAGAAAAGAAGGUAUGGUAAAUUUGCGCAUUUGCCUUGCAACAAUUCUGCAGUUAAUAUUAUUAUUUUAAUUGUUGUCUUGUAAAACUGUUUUGCCAGGUCCUGUUGUUGUGCCACCAGUUAUCCGCCCAGCUGGGCCAGGUAAAUAUCAAAUUAUUCUUCUCGUUUAUUUUCUUCUCCGUGGCAAUAGAAACCUCUAUAGUAUAGUUUGGAGGUAAAUAUUGGGGCUUCAAUCAAUUUAACCGUUGAAUAAUUUGUCCUUUCCUUUACAUGUAACGUCUAUCCUUCUAGCCAUUAAGAUACAUCAUUUUUCAUGUCUGAAAGGAGGGAGGUUGUAAAUUUUAGGCGAGCUAUCUACCCCAGUUAGUUGCUGGCUGAAACCGAGGGACUGGGGAGACGCGAGAAAAGACGUUAUCCUUCGUAAAUCACUGCUCCUUAGCCUCGUCCUAAUUCUUCUCGUCCCCAUGUGUUCCCACGAGUAUGGAGUGAUAGGGAGUACUUCAGGAGGGAAAUUCCAGAAAGAAACUGACUGCAAGCACUCGCUUGCAUGCAUACCUAAUAUAGAGGAUCAAAUCACCUGUGAGAUCACGUCAUCUACAUAUGCAAUAAGCUAUCAGUAAAAGCUAAUAGGACCUAUUACUUUUGCGUAGGCACAAAGUAAAAAAGAGCGUAACAACAUGUUUUUGUUCUCUUACCCAGUUUGCCAAGCAUGUAUUGAUCUUGCGUUUGUAAUUGACGCAUCUGGCAGUAUCGAAGCCUCAGGGCGUGGAAACUUCAAACGUUGUCUCAACUUCGUAAAAAGAUUGGUUGCUUCCUUUAAAAUUUCACCCCGGUACGCGCGCGUCGGGGCGGUCGUGUAUUCCUCAAAAGCGAGAAGGAUGUUUGGUUUCAAAAGAUAUUUCAAGAAGAGGGAACUGAUGAAAGCUAUUGACCGAAUUCCCUAUCUUCGGCGUGGCACGAGAACAGGCUACGCCUUGUGGUAUGCACAGCGGUAUCUUUUCAGAGGUCAGCGAAGGCGUUGUAAGCGUGUAUUGAUUGUGAUGACUGACGGAAGAUCCAGUGACCGAGUGCGUAGCAGAGCAAAAGCACUACAUCGCUCAGGCAUCAACACGUUUGCCAUUGGUAUUGGCAAAAACUACAAUAUGAGACAAUUGAUACAGAUUGCGUCUUCCAAGAGAAAUGUUUAUGUGGCCAGAUUCAGAAACCUUCCAAAUAUUGUACGAGUCAUAAAGUCAAAAGCUUGCAAAGGUAAGGUAUUAAUAUAUUAAUACACUCUAGCGUGUAGUAGUAUAGUAGGCACCGAUCAAGUCGCUUUGCGCAGGAUUUUCCCUCCACCACCACCACCACCACAUUUCUAUUGUUUUUCCUCCACCACCUCUACCACCACAUUUCUAUUAGUUUCCCUUCACUAAUACUACCACCACCGCAUUUCUAUCGUUUUCUUUCCUUUACCGCCACCACCUCUUUUCUAUUGUUUGUCCUCUACUACCACCACCACUACCGAAUUUCUAUUGUUUUCCGUCCACCACCCCCACGACCACAUUUCUAUUGUUUGUCCUGCUCCACCACCACCACCACCACAUUCGAUUUGUUUUCCCUCCACCACCCCCACGACCACAUUUCUAUGUUUGGGAAUAUGUCAAGUAGAAUAGUCGUUUGACCUUUUCAAAACAAAACCGCAAGCAUGCUAAGAAAUGUGGGUAAAGAGCAAUAACGUAGUUAAAAUACUCUUUUAACCUCUCUUUUUAAAUGCCUUUAUUAAACCUGAUUUCAGCCGCCAGACCUACUCCUAGACCUACCUCCAGGCCUCCUGUUAGACCUCCGAUCAGACCUCCUGUACGUCCUCCUGUUCGACCACCGGUCAGACCUAAGCCUCGACCUCGUAAGUGUGCUCUAUAUAUUUAAGGUUACAUUGCUUUUUUGCAUAUGGCUUAAUAUGUUUAACGGGUAAUCAUAAUUUCUUGAGCUUUUAUUAAAAGCUGACACCAGUUGCUCCAUCAAUAGUUGCAGACUGUCAUCCGUUAUGCAUAGUUUCUUUUGAUCAUGACCGCCAACGGUAAUGGUCGCUGGAAAUCUACUGCUAAUAGACCAGAGAAUGACACGAUUUGCUGACCUAAACUACGUUUACAUUACACUGAUAAAUAUUGCAAGUGCAUAAAUGUAGCCAGGGUGACUGUGUGGGCGAAAGUGUGUUUGUGGGGGCGAAAGAACCUUACCGGAAUGAUAGUUGGAUUUGUCCAUUUGUUUUUGUCUGUGGAUCAUAUUUUGAUGAAAAAGCAAUUAAAUAUUUCGCAAUGUUGUAAAUUAAUUUUUGCCUUGUUACAUACGUUAAUUAGUAACACUCUAAAAUGCUCUUAUUGAAUAUUUCAAAAUGUUGUAAGUUAAUUUUUCACUUGUUACAUACGUUAGUAGCACUCUAAAAUGCUAUCUUUUUAUGGCAGUUGAGUAAGUAAUGCUCUGGCAGUUAAGAAUUGUUAUCCUCCCUGUUCAGGUCCAGUGCGUGCAUCUGCAGUCUAUCCUCUGACGUCAAAAACACGUGGUCGAGAUGUCAGCCUGUUCGGUAACCCACCAGGAAUCAUCAGGGAUGCUAGACUAGCCCCAGGUCCUGACGGAAAGCCUCUAGGCUCCUAUCAAUUCGUUGGUCGGUCAAGCAGCUACAUCGAAUUUCCCAAUCGAGGGAAGAUAGAUACAAAGCGCUCCAUCACUCUCUUGGCCUGGAUUUACCAUCAGGGACGUGCGGGGCCCAUCUUCAAUUACAAGCGAAAUGGUUGGGGCGUGCACUUUUGGAUGAUCUCUCCCAGAACGCUGUUUGUGCGGUUCACGCGUCGUAGAAGACGCCGUUUCACUAAAGCAGUGUUAAGUAGAAAAGUGGUACCUCAGAGAUGGCAGUUUGUCGGUGCGACGUAUAACGGACGGACAGGACGAGCGAAAUUGUUUGUCAAUAAAAGAUUUACAGCAAGUAAAUAUCUUGGGCGAAUACGACUCGCCACUAACUACCCAGCAAGGAUGGGAGCUCGUAUUGGUGACCGGAGGUAUUUCCGUGGUCGAAUCAGCUGUAUGCAGGUGUACGACAGGGCUCUCACUACAAGGCAAAUACUGCGCAGAAAGAGGAGAUGCUUCAGGAAAGGUAUACGUUUCUUUAUAUUAUAACCCAUUUUAGGAAUUUGAAUUAGUUUUCUCUAGUGUUAAAAGCGAAAGCCAGGGAUAGGAGAUAAAAUGUUAUAUUUUCUUAUUUUCCAACUCUACACACAUUUACACUCGAAUGCAUUUACUAAACAUAACAAACAACGUCUGCUAUCAGCGGGCUACUAUUUCCUCAUUUGUGUCUAAAAUACUUUUUUAGAUAGCUCUUUCGGACUGACUAUCUUCCUUAUCUACUCUUUUCCUUUUUUAGGGCCAGUUGUCGUUCCUGGAGUUCCCAGUUUACCAAUUCGUCCGGCGGGAAAAGGUACUUAAAUUUUUCACUUUUAUUUCAAUUGAAAGAUGUUCCCCUUGUACUAGUGGGGAAUGGCUGAAGGCCUUCUAAACGUAGGCAGGCAUCAGGGUCCCAUCUCUUUUUUAACUGUACCUUUUUACUAUCAGAGACGAUAAUGGAGCCAAGCUCUAAAUUGGGCCAUUCCAAUGAAACAUUCGGCUGUGUGUGUGUUAGGAUUUUCGCCCUUAAGAGCGAAAGGAUGAACUUAUUAAUAGGCCAUUUUCACUAUGACGACAUUUGACUGCAACUGCCAGAGUUCAUCUCGUUUUUGCUUUCUCAUUUAAAUUUGUCAAUCCCUCAACGGUUUAAAACAUAACAGCCCUAAUUUCUGCACUUAAGAAAAUAACAGCAACUGAAGGAUUCUGGUAGUCGUAGAGAAAUGACAUCAUCGUGCAAUUGUCCUAUUCUAGGCAGUCUCCUUUGAUGUCUCGCUUAGAGAGAGUUCAGUAUACUGUUAUAUGCUCAUUUUCCAGUUCUCUACAUUAGCGUUGUAUAUGGCUAGUUUUAGUAGUUAAACAGAAUAGUUUUCCUCACUGGUGGCCAGACUUGCCCAAGCUAGAAUAAUGUCAUUACGCUGGGGUACAGUGCAGGGGUAGCACAUAUUAUUUCAAAGUUCCUUUCAUAUUAUCGCAAUUUGCUACAAGUAAAAAUCAAUCAACCAAAACAGACGUUCAAAGCGUCAGGACUGUUGAGAUAUCUAUGUCUUUUCAGUCAUUAUCAUUGACGGAAGUAGUAGCCUGAGAAAUUCGCGACACCACCACUGGUUUCUCCGCGAAGUGACAUCUGAGUAAGCACUGCAGAAAUUCCAUACUGAUGACGUGUGACAACCCAGAUCUGUGUGGUGCUUCUGAUUGGUUGAAGCAAAUUUACCACGCGGAACGACCAAUCAGAAGCACUACCCUGAUCUGGAUAGUGACACACCAUCAAUAUGGAAUUUCUGCAAUCAUUUCUCAGACGUCAUUUCGCGAUGAAACAAGUGAUGGCGUCGCGAAAUGUCGGCUGUUUUUUCAUGCUACGGAAAAAGUCCUUUCUAAAUUUAUCAAAGAUAAGGACUUGGGUUAAAAGCUGUUUACUGUAAGAAAUGGCACACACAAAACUCUGAUUUAAAAUUUACUGAUGUUAAUUUACAGUUUGUAAAGCAAAGGUUGACCUGGCCUUUGUCAUCGACGGUUCUGGGAGUAUUGAAUCCUAUGGGAGAGGAAAUUUCAAGCGCUGCCUUAACUUUGUGAAGCGAAUGGUUGUGUCCUUCAAGAUCUCCAAGGGACUCACGCGUAUAGGGAUUGUUCUAUUCUCAUUUCGCCCUCGCCUUAUAUUUAACUUCAAUACGUAUAGCAGAAAACGAGAUAUUCUUCGAGCCAUUAACAACAUCAAAUAUCCAAGCGGAGGCACUAGGACAGGAUUAGCAAUGUCUUAUGCACAGCGGACUCUCUUUAAGAGCAGGAGCAGUAGUAGUAAGUGUGUAAUGAUCGUGAUGACUGAUGGCCGUUCCCAGGACCGGGUGGGCAGACCCGCAUGGGCGCUGAAAAGGCGUGGUAUCAAGAUAUUUGCUAUAGGUAUCGGAAAGCAUUACAACUUGCCGCAGCUCCUCAAGAUUGCUUCAUCCAAAAGACAUGUUUAUACGGCAGGAUUUAGAAAUUUGGCCUCAAUUGUAAGAGUUAUCAAGAAAAAGGCUUGCUCAGGUAAAAUGUGCUUUGUCAGUUAAAAAUCAUUCAUUAGACUUUUCUAUUCCGCUUGUCGUGAAAAAGGGAUCAUAAUGGUUAAUCUACUAGUCUGACAAAAUAUCUGUUAUUGCUGCUACUGUUGAAAUUAUUUUGUUGGAGAAAAAUUGACUGACCGAGAUUUGAUCAACCUGACGUCAUGUGAUUAUCAUGCCAAGUAUAAGACAAGAUAUCUCUUGUAUCUCCAGGUGCGGGGAAGCCAAGCAAACCAGCAAAGCCCAACCGUCCAUCACGUAAGUACCAUCAAAUUUGUCUUGCGUCUUUGCUAUCCCGCAACGUGACCGCAUGUGGAGCCUGGGUUUGCGCGCCAGAUAAACUCUCUUUGUUUCACUCAGUGGCGCUAAAAUGAAAAUCCAGCAAAUCGUACAAUCAAAGAUCUCUUUAAUUUAUGAUUCAAGUUAACUACAAGUUCUGCAUCACAUUUAAUGAUCAUUGAACGAUAGCUCAUAACCUGUUGAAAUAGCCUUUAUGCAUGAUCAGGAGUAAAACUUCGAAACUUUACCAAUUUCAAAACGGACGCGAAUUAGGGCUAUAAGAGAUGAAUUAUUGGUUUAGUUCCUAGAGGCUGUGGUGUUGCAUCGGUUGGGAUAAAAUACGAUGAAUUGGUUUUAUCAGUUAAAUUGAUGCAGUAGAUUGUGGGCCACCGUAGGAGGGUUGUGAAGCAGACGUUUGGAGCCCUCGAAUCGUCAGCCAUUAGUCAGUUAUUGAGACAACCUCCCUUCGGUGGCGAACCUACCUAGUGAACUCAGUUGAUAAAAGCAAUUCUUUGCUAAAAGUACAAGCUGUUUAUUUCAAAAAUGAGAGUAACGAUAAUAAUUUAUGUUGUUGUGGGUUCGAUUCUCGUCGAACUUGAGCUUCUUUGUCCCACUAUUAUUCGUGAUGGUGUUCAUAACGAAUAUUACGUAUUUCUCUAAAGUGAAGUAUGGUGUAAACUAUGUUUUCCUUUGCUUCCUCUAUCUUUUAUAUGUACUAAGUAGUUAAAGACGAGCCACUAAUGAAUGAUACUAAUUUUUCAAAGGUAACGUUCGUGCCAUAGCCAUUUACCCGCUUUCAUACCAAACCAAGGGAAAAGAUAUCAGCGUUUUCUCAAACCCAUCCGGGAAACUAGGGUAUGUCAGAUUUACCCCAGGCCCUGAUGGACGACCGAACACUGCGACCCAGUUCUAUGGUAAACCGAACAGCUACAUUCAGUUCCCUAACAAUGGGAAGCUCGACACUAGGCGAUCCAUCACUCUGCUGGCAUGGAUAUACCACCAGGGAAGCGCUGGUCCAAUCUUCAACUACAUGCCAAACGGAUGGGGCGUACACUUUUGGAUGGUGUCUCCAACAACGCUGUUUGUGCGAUUCACCCGUCGGCAAAGGCGUCUGUUCACGCGGCAUCUUCAGUACCGAGGUGUUAGGCAUCGAAAAUGGCAGUACGUUGGAGCAACAUAUAGCAGUCGAUCUGGUGUCGCUAAAUUGUAUGUAAACAAUAGAUUGGUGGCAAGAAAGCGCAUUGGAAGGUUUAGAUUGGCAACAAAUUACCCUGUCAGAAUGGGGGCAAGGAUUGGUGACAGCCGCUUCUUCAGAGGAAAGAUCUCUUGUAUGCAGGUUUACAGCGUGGCCUUGAAUUCGAGACAAAUUGCUGCUCGCAUGAAGAGGUGUUUCUUAAAAGGUAAGUUUUUUGCUGAUUCAUGCUUAAUAUUCCAUCGAGUGUCAAAUAGAAUUUUAGGGGACACUAGUACUUGAGGUUAACGAAUGAUUGAGGUAGUAAUUUAUUGUACCAUUGUUAUACAAGGCAUACUUUGGGGGGCUCAGGUAAGGUAAGAUCUAGAGUUGACAGUUUGAUGACGUACUCAAAAUGACACUUCAGCUGAACUUACGAAAGACCAAAGUGCAAUUAACUAACAUUUUGCAACCUUUUUUCAUUUUCUAGGUCCAAGGCCUGGACGCCCUGUUGUUCCAGGUGGAGUGCCUCUUCGCCCAGGAAAACCGAGUACGUAUCAGGCGGUUUGUUUCCAGAAUGCGUUCCCGGAAACUUUGGCCAGGUUUUAAAAGUAUUCAUCCCCAGUAAAAUAAAAAAGCAAACUAGAAUAUACCUUAGCUUGAAGGCCAUUUUUUAUCGUUGCAUUACUUACAAAGCAAUUUUCGUUUUCGGCAAAUUCUGUUGCACACUUUAGCGAAUCAAUGUUUAUGAUAUUCAUCAUUACUUACAUUAACACUGUUAUUAAUAUAUUUUUCUUUUUUAAUUCUAUCCGGUUUCCUAAUGAAAUGUUUUGGACCCUGCAGUAUUUCAGUGCAAAGAAUACCUUGUCGUAGACGAGCGAGAUUAGUUCGCAUCCAGAGUAACACUUGCGUAAAACCACAUCUUCGUACUUCCGUAUAUUUUUCAUAAACUAUAUUUUACUUCAUUGUUUUUCUGUUUAUUAUCAUUAUUAUUAUGGUUAUUGUUAUCAUUAUUAUUAUUAUUAUUAUUAUUAUUAUUAUUAUUACUAUUAUUUUUAUUAUUAUUAUUAUUUUUGAUCAUCACUUCCGUUUAUUUUUCAACAGCAUUCCAGUUUAUUUAUUUUCCAUCAUUAAUUUCAGUGUGCAAAGCAAAGGUCGAUCUUGGUUUCCUUGUCGAUGCAUCUGGAAGCAUCGAAAUGUACGGUAAAGGAAACUACCAACGCGUCAAAGACUUUGUGAAGGAGGUAGCUGGGAGCUUCAUUAUUUCCAGACGCGGGACGCACGUUGGUGUGGUCGUGUUUGCAAGCAGACCGGAACCAGUCUUCCAGUUUAAUACGUACUACUCACGUCGUGGCGUCAUGAACGCUAUUCAAAAGAUGCCUUAUAUCAAUGGAGGAACUCGAAUAGGAUUAGCUAUCCGAAGAGCAACCAGGUACCUGUUCAGGCCCCAACCCUAUCCUGGGCGAAAAAAGGUCUUGGUGGUUUUGACGGAUGGUAUUUCCUAUGAUGAUGUCAUCGUCCCUGCUAGGAGGUUGCGUCGUACUGGCGUCUCCAUCUACGCACUUGGCGUCGGUCUCAAGUACAGCCGGCGGCAGUUGAAGAAGAUAGCUGGUACUCCAAGGCAUGUGUUCACGUCCAAAUUUGCCACCUUAAGAUCCGCUGCACGUAAAAUCGUCAGUCGCAUAUGCUCAGGUUGGAACCCCAUUUUUAUAUGAAGUAUUAAUUAUGUACGUAUAAUAUCAAAAUAAUAGCAUUCAUUGAUAUUCAAACUUCGUGCAUUGUGUGAAAUCCUAGCGGCUCAUUUGAUGAUACGAUACCAUUUUAAGGAACGCAAGGUUUAGCGACUAGUUCGUUAUCUUACCAGCAAAUAAACGCAAAUGUUGUUCAUCGAGAUUGCGGUAUAUAGUAAAGAUAACACCGUUUAAAAUUUUUGUAUUUAUUUUGUCUUCUAGAACCUGGAGCGAAGCCUGUAAAGCCAACAGGUCCUGUCAAACCACGCCCACCGCGUAUGUGGUACCCUUUUUAAUGCUAAAGAAAUUAUAUUGAAGGCAAUGAAUCUCCAUACCCAGCCAGUGAGGGGGCGGGGGAGUGGUUACCUUCGCAAGUUUUGUUGAGUAUGUUUUGCGUACUUUGACACCUACAGAAGUGGCGUCUGGCGCUGGUUUUGAAAUAGACGGCUGCCAGGCGUCCAAACCGUCAAACGAUUUUUUCUGGCUAUGUUUAAAGAACUAUUUUAAUUUUAAUUUAUUUAACCUUUCUUAGCCGAAUGAAUUUCCUCGAGAGAAAAACAAUCUAAACAGUCCUAUUAAAGUUCAUCUCUUCUUCCUGCAGCCACCGUGCGAGCUGUUGCGAUCUAUCCCCUUAAUGGUGGAGUGAGAGGCCGCGACAUAAGUCUUAGUAGGAACCCUCCUGGUAUCUUAAGAAAUGUCAGGACUGCGCCUGGCCCUGAUGGAACACGUGACGGCUCGUUCCAGUUUCUUGGUAGAUCCACCAGUUAUAUUUAUUUUCCUAACCGCGGAAAACUGGAUACUAGACGAUCCAUUACGUUGAUGGCAUGGAUUUACCACGAGGGACGAGCGGGACCUAUCUUUAACUACAUGCCGAACGGGUGGGGCGUCCACUUUUGGAUGAUUACACCAAGAACACUGUUUGUACGGUUUACUCGUCGAAGGGGACGCAGCUUCACCAAAGCGGUAAUAAGUAGAAGAGUUGUGCCUCGGAGAUGGCAGCUUGUGGCGGCAACAUACAAUCACAGAUCAGGACGAGCCAAGUUGUUCGUACAAAAUCGAUUUGUAGCACGCAAGUACAUUGGAAGAAUACGAUUAGCAACUAAUUAUCCUGUCAGAAUGGGAGCGCGUAUUGGUGACAGACGGUACUUCCGCGGAAGAAUCUCUUGCAUGCAAAUUUAUCCGUUGUCACUGAAAGCAAAGCAGAUCAAUGAACGCAAAAAGAGAUGCUUUAGAAAAGGUCAGUAAUCAAAUCUGACAAAAAUACUGUGCAUUCAAAUAUUAAGUACUAUUUAAAAAACGAGCAGGAGUGUAUUAUCAGCUUUUUGAACGGCUUCAAAAUCCCUGAUUUAGGUCAUCUCAUUCUUGGACUAAUAUUUAGAUUUGGGGUUAUUUUGGUCUAUAAAAUUGGACGUAAAGUUUAGCUGUGUCUUUAUCAGAUAUAAAUUUCUUUUUAAUUUAAUUUCUUUUGAUUUUUAAUUUCUUUUGUUUUAUCAUUAUGAAUUAUUAAUGCGUUUUGAAGUUUUAAAACUUCAAAAACUUGAAAGUCUUCCCAAUUUAAUAAAUUCAGCAAGGUAAAAGCCGCUUCGCUUCACUGCAUGUAGUCCCAAGUAGUGAAGGAGGAGCACUUCGCAGUUUGCAAAGCUCUGACAGGGGAUAAAGUAAUGUGGAUACUUGCGGGGUUAUUUAUUUAUUUUUUAUUUAUUUACUUACUUACCAACUAACUAACUUACUCAUCUUUUACAGUUAUUCGACCUCCAAGACCGAGGCCCAAACCUCCACGUCCAAUUAGACCUGGUGGAAAAGGUACUGUCACUGUAAUCUUUCCAGAUCCUUUGUCGUGAGCCGGUGUCCAGCUACGUCUAAUAAUGCCCUCAGUUUUGUAAUUUUGUUAAAAUCAUGAUAAUAAAUUCAUCAUCGUACGUCCAGACUAUCAGAUUGCAACAUAUGACGGAUAGGCAGAAAAAAGUAAUGUUCCUUUCUUUCUUAAAGAAUAGCCUGCGAGCAAGCUCUCCGGGGCGCUGUGGCGGCGGGACGGGAAAAGGAAGGAGAGCUUGCAACUAUGUCUCUGGAAUUUGAAUAUCUGCAUCGAAAAAGUCCAUGCGAAAUGCUGAUGGGCGGAGAUGAUAUUAGUAAUGACGUCAUUACCCUUGGCACGUAUUUUUCAAUGUUUUUUUACAUUCGCGCUCGUUUCCGCUUCGCGCUGAGUGGCGGAAAUCUGACAGCUCAGUCGACGGGGAGUCACUGGGAAAGUGGAGGUGGAAUUCAAAUUCUAGAGACGUAGUUGCGAGCUCUGAUUCCUUUUCCCGCUCUGCCACCAGAUCGCCUCGGACAGCUUGCUCGCAGGCUAUUAAAGAAAGGCCCCAAGUGUUACGAGACACAAGGAGGAUGGGUGAAGGUGAAGGUCUUUUUUGAAUAAUAAAUUAAGGCAUUAUCAAAAUCGCCAUCCGUGGGUAUUAUCCUCAAACUAUGCGCUUCGGCUUUAGCAUAUUGUUGUUACAUAGUUUUUGAAUAUCAUAUUCUAUUUCAGUUUGUCGUGCCAGGCUUGACUUGGUCUUCAUUAUUGACGGUUCUGGGAGUAUCGAGCAUUACGGCAGAGGAAACUUCAAACGUUGCCUCCGCUUCGUCCAAAACAUGGUUCGUUCAUUUACAAUAUCAAGAAGUUACGUUCGCGUAGGCAUUAUCCUUUUCUCUUCGCGAUCAGAGCUAGUUCUCCGCUUCAAUCAAAACCGUGGAGUCAACAGCAUACUACGAGUUAUCGGCCGCAUCAGAUAUCCCGGACGAGGCACCAGAACAGGAGUAGCUCUCCGUUAUGCCUACUCCCGUCUCUUCUCUCGCGCCAGCAGAAGGUGCUCAAAGGUCGCAAUAGUCAUGACUGAUGGCGGGUCACAGGAUUCGGUGAAGAAGCCCGCUCAGUUGCUUCGUAGACAUGGAAUCAAAAUAUUCUGUCUCGGUAUCGGUAAGAAGUACAACAUGGGUCAGUUGCUGCAGAUGGCAGGCGGUCAACGUUAUGUAUUUACAGCUGAUUUCCGUAACCUUAGAUCUGUGGUGAGAGCAGUGAAACAAAAGGCUUGUGCAGGUAAGCAACGGAAAGGAAUAGUCCAUUUUACAGUCACGGGUGCAAACAAAGCUGGAGUUGACCUUGUUUUGAUACAACUCUUCCUCCUUUAUUAUGUUAAUCCAUGUUAUUCUUAUUUUUAAGCAUAAUUUUCUUCAGAAAAGGAAAGAGGUUUGUAUCAAAACAAGGUCAUCCUCACACUCACAUUCACUCAGAGGCUAGGGUACUAAGCUCAUAACUGUAAAAUGGUCUAUUAUAUAAGGAUCUCAUUUUAUGCAAAGUAGAAGUAAAUUGAUCAGUCAAAAUGGGAUCCUUAAUCACCCACGGUUGAGUUUCGAGAGGUUCAAAAUUACAAUUAAACAAAGAUGGAAAAAUAUGGACCGAUAUUAAUUUGAAAUAGUACAGUUAUACGGGUUGAGGCAAAUAACUUGGCGGGUCGACCAUUUCCACCAAAUAACGUCCAUGCUCUGAAGAAUUUCCACUAGUAUCCAAACUUUACGGUGUAAUUUAAGUUUUUAUAUUUGUGUGUUUUGCAGUGUAACAAAUCAGUAACUUAAAGUAUGAAAUAUUUGUCGUCUGGCUUACGAUCGUGAGGCAGAGAAGAAUGUGAUUCUUAAAAGCAAUACGAACCCAAGACCUCCCAUACACCCGUCAUGCGCACUAACCUCUUAGCUAAGGAGAAUCUCAUGGCGCGCAGGACAUUUACAAGGCUCUUAUCACACUUAUACAACUCUCUACAAAGGAUAUUUAAAACUCCUCGUAAAUUUGAACCUAGAUUUUAACCCCAUAGGUUGGAAGGGUUCUGAAAGGUUCCCAAUCCUCUUAAUUUUACUCUUGUUCGUUCAUCAAAUAAUGACAAUCGCGGUCAAAGGUACAACACAACAAACUGAUAAAAGACAUACACAAAAACCAAGGACCUAAUACAUAACCCCUGAUUCAUUUGUGAAGAAGAUGAAGAUCUGGCCGUAUAAUUGUGUUGCAGUGUCCAAGCCACCACGACCGACUAAACCAGGAAAACCUACAGGUGGGUUCUUUACAGUUCUCUCGCCAGACAGUCUCCAACCACUCCCCCGGGCCGCCGUCUGAUCCGACGACGGCGACGCCGAAAACGUCAAAAAAUCAAUAGGCUUAAUAAGCAAAGCAAAAACUCCGCACAGCAUCGCGCUUUUUUGCACACUCUUUUUGCCCUAACUGACGACUACGACAAAAGUUUGCUAAUUUCAUGUCUAAUGGAGAACGUAAGCAAGCGACGACGUAAUUUUCCGCGAUGAAGAUUGACAAAACGCGCUGUACCUUUUUAAGUGACGUUUUCGCCUCUGUCACCGUCCUCUGAUCUUUACGCGGGAAGACAUCUGGAGCCAGUUGCAUAAGCCUUAACGUCGGAGGCAAUCGGUAACGGCUGGCGUUAGGUUUUAUUUAAUUGGCACCUGGCUUUUUAGACUUAAUCUUCAUCAUUUACGUCAUUUUAUCAUAUACCAAAAUUCUUAAAAACUCUUGGACUAUUUCGACAGCUGUGAUAUAUGUGAUUUUUAAGCUGCGCUGUCAUGUUGAAUUCUGAGCCAGGAGGAUGAUUGCCUUUUUUUUUUCCAAAAAAUUACUCUUGCAACCUGACCGUGUUCCAAUUUAUUUGUUUGGUUUUUUGGUUUUUGUUUGCUUGUUCUGAUUAUCUUGAAUUAAGUUUACUUAUGUUUUAAUUUAGAUCUGUUUUUUUUGUGAUAACCUCGCUUUUUUAGAGUAAUCAGCUCAAAAUAUUCUCUAAAAUCGAUAACGAUAUUUUUUAUUAGCUGUUGGACGCGCAGGCGCUGUAUAUCCGCUCAGUUCUUCAACUCGAGGAAGAGAUAUAAGUAUCAAUGGCAACCCACGAGGACGUUCUGUUAACGUCAGGUACACACGAGGUCCUGACGGCGUGCGAGGGACGGCAACAAAGUUUUACGGCCGACGCAACAGCUACAUCCAGUUUCCUAACCGUGGUAGACUGGACACGAGGCUAUCAAUAACCCUUUUAGCGUGGAUUUAUCAUCAAGGUCAUGCUGGUCCCAUCUUUAACUACAUGCCGAACGGCUGGGGCGUGCACUUCUGGAUGGUGUCUCCUAAAACAUUGUUUGUACGAUUUACUCGGCGACGUGGACGCCGCUUCACAAGAGCAGUUUCAAGUCGCACAGUUCGCUAUCAAACUUGGCAGUACGUCGGUGCUACGUACGAUUACCGAACUGGUAUCGCAAGGUUGUUUGUUAAUAAGAGAUUUGUUGUUUCUCGGCGAAUUGGCCGCUUUAGACUGGCCACUAACCAUCCCGUAAGAAUGGGUGCGAGGAUUGGAGACAGGAGGUACUUCCGUGGUAGUAUAUCCUGUAUGCAAGUUUACAAAAAAGCUUUAACUGCGGGACAGAUUAUCGCGCGUAGAACGAGGUGCUUUAAGAGAGGUACGACUUUCUUACUCACGCACUUACGCACUCACUCACUCACAAACUUACUUUCUGACUUAUUUAAUGUAUUUGAUUAUUUGAAGUGCCUCGACCAAGACCCAGACCGAGGCCCAGGCCCAGGCCCAGACCCCGACCGAGACCUGCUCCAAGGCCUAGACUUCCUGUCCGUCCCCGCCCUGGUGGUAAAGGUACUUGUGAUUAUAAAUUGUCUUUCCUCUUGACGGAAAACAACACUCUGUAUCUAAAGAUGCAAGUUUUCUGGUUUAACUUUCUCCUUUUUUUCAGUUUGUCGUGGAAAGAUUGAUCUCGCUUUCCUCAUCGAUGCAUCUGGAAGUGUUGGUCUCCGUAAUUUCCGCCGCUGUUUGGCUUUUGUCAAAAACAUGGCUCGCGUUUUUACCAUCUCCAGAAGUUACACCCGCUUCGCUGUCGUAGUUUACUCGUCACGUUCGACCAAGAUCUUCGGCUUCAAUCGUUAUACCAAUCGUCGCUCCCUAUUGCGAGCUAUUGGCCGCAUACGGUACACAGGCGGAGGGACCAAAACAGGCUACGCACUAUCGUACACCUAUCAAAGGGUCCUUCGCUUCAGCAGGCGAAAAACUAAGGUGCUGGUUGUCAUGACAGAUGGACGAUCCUACGAUAACGUCAAGCGACCAGCAAAGAUUCUUAGACGUCGCGGUAUUAGGAUACUAUCCUUUGGGGUUGGAAAGAGAUACAGCAUGAAACAACUAUUGCAGAUGUCUUCAAGUAGAAGAGAUGUGUUCACUGCUGACUUUAGAAACUUAGGAUCUGCUGUCAGGUUGAUAAAACUGAAAGCUUGUAAGGGUAAGUUUAAUCUGGGGUAAUAAUGCAUUAGCAUGCAGAUAAUGAAAAGCCGCUUUUUAUUCUCAGUUUCCCGCUUUUUUUAUCUCAGUUUGACUAGUUCAGUCCGAAUUGCGGAUUCCAGAUUUUUAACUUCGGAAGAACCUUAAAAAAACAUGUUCUAUCUACUUUUAAGCGAGUGUUAUGACUUAUCAUUAGAAAGUGUAUCAGAGUUAGAUUCAGAGUCAGUCGAAGUCCCUGAACAAUAACUUUUCUUUUUCUCGCCCUCCGCGUAAAAAUGAUCAGUUUUAGUCAGUCCUCUAAACUAGUUCCGUUCUCUAUGUCUACCCAAACUUCGCAACGAAAGGUUAUAAUUGCUCUCCAUUACCCUUACGUCGUUUUGCUGAUGAUAUUUUUUCUGUUUUUUCAGCCGGCAAGCCUCAGCCUCCAAGACCAGUACGUCCUUUGAAACCAGUAGGUAAGCAGGCCGAGAACCUCUAACCUUUUUAUAACACCCACUUUUCUAUCAUUCCAACAAGUGAAUUUCAUUCUUUUCAGUCAAAUUCCAUAAAUGCAUUCGAGAUUUGAUGUAGGCAGCUCCAUAGUUCACAUUUCGAGGGAUUAGCAUUUCGGAUUAGCUCUGCAUAUUGCAGUAACUCUUCUCUAUACUAGAUACCAGAAAUCCCUACCAUUUAUAGAACGAACUGGAAAUUUAUUCCCCGAAAUAUUAAAAGUGAUUUUCUGAGUAUUAAGUAUAGAGUCUUGUCGUUUUAGGCAGUCAAUCUGACCUGGAGUACUUUUUAACUCUUGAGCAAAUGCAUUAUUUCUUGUUACUAGUAUUAUUUGUGCACCAAAACCGCAUAAUUUUAGCUUAACCAGAUGACAAGGGACCUGAAAACUUCAACCUUAGGGGUUUCAAACCCUUGCCUUUGCCAUUUCUGGAAUCAAAGCGUGUCAAGCAAAGAGAAACCGCUGUAGGGUUGUUAAUUGUCACUUGGCCGCAAGAAAGCCUUCUUCAAAUAGAUGGAUUACCAGGAGGCUAAUUAUUUACUUUCCAUGCACGUAUAAGGAUUGCACAAAGCUCACAGUUUUAGCUUUUCAAAGAUAACAUCUUGUGACCUAAUAUUUCCCAUCCAGUUAUCAGGAGAGCUAUGGCCGUUUAUCCACUCAACCGUAACACGAAAGGGAGAGACAUCAGUUUCUCAAGAAACCCCCAUGGACGACUGAGGAGUGUCAGGUACGCCUUAGGUCCUGACAACUCGCGGGGAGGCUCCGUUGAGUUUUACGGUCGCAGUAACAGCUACAUCGAGUUCCCCAACCGAGGGAAAAUUGACACUAAGCGCUCAAUAACGCUGUUAGCCUGGAUUUACCACAUUGGACAAGCGGGUCCCAUCUUCAACUAUAUGCCGAAUGGCUGGGGAGUCCACUUCUGGAUGGUGUCCCCAACAACGUUGUUUGCUCGGUUCACACGUCGAAGAGGAAAACGCUUCACGCCAGCUAUUUAUAGCCGAAGUGUACGACGACAGAAAUGGCAGUUUGUCGGUGCAACGUACAAUUACAGGACCGGUAUGGCGCGACUCUUCCUGAACUCAAGGUUUGUUGCUCGAAAACGCAUUGGAAGAUUUAGGCUGGCGACAAACUAUCCCGCAAGAAUGGGAGCCCGCAUUGGAGACCGGAGAUAUUUCCGAGGUCGAAUCUCCUGUAUGCAGGUAUACAAUCAAGCACUAAACAAAAAUCAGAUCCUGGUUCGUCAGAGGAGGUGCUUCAGACCAGGUAAUAGUCACUUAAGCAGUAUAUCGAAAGAUUUCUCAAACAAUCCACAGUUUUUACAGACCGAGACAUUUACAUCUUAAAGUUGUUCUCUGUGCAUUUUAUUAAAUGCAGCUUUCUUAACAAAGGUGCUAUUUGAAAGCCUGAAUGAAUGUAUUCUGACUUAUGGAAAUACAAAUCUACAGUUUUUGUCAUUUUAUUUGUAGUGUUUUCAUGGUGAAGUUAAUCACACUCUAAUCGUCUGAUCUUGACGUCUGAAGAAUCUUUCUGCUUGCGCGAUGUUCUGCUUGAUGUUAUUUCUUCUAUAAAUGACAAUGGCAUUUCUUUUAAUUUUUUGUAAGUUAUUUCUUCUCUUUUUCUAUCGCCCAAUGUUUAGUUCCCGUUAAACCCAAACCAAGACCCGUCAGACCUAUAAAACCAGUCAGGCCACCAUACAGGCCGAAAGGUAGGUGUGAUACUGCUCCUUAUUCUUGUUAUUUAAGCUCGGAGCGGACUUGAAAGUGUUGGUAUUCAUUCAAAGCAUUUUUGAAAUAUCCGUUUCUGACUUACAGUUAAUCCUCCGGCUAAUUCUUCAUAAAGAGCUUGUGCUGGCCAAAUUUGGAAGAUGUUUGAGUUCACGGCUAUGUGAAGCCGAAAUAGCCGAAUUACUGACUUAAUAUGAUAGUAAGAAUACGCACGAAUUUUUCUCGAUGAAUGUGAAUUGCUUUUUUGGUAGUAUCAGCACAGAAAAGAUAUCACCCCCCAUUUAUUUUGAAACUGCCGAGGAACAGGUUUCUUCAAGUAAGGAUGUUAAGAACUGGGAAAUAGUUUAAGUGAAUGAUAAGACAGUUCUUGAAAUCGGCUUUCGCAUUAUGUGAAGAAUUAUGCAGAUUCGGGGGGUGUUAUUCCCCUUGGCCUGCGGCUUCGGAAGGAAAAUACUCUCCCCGAUCUGCGUAACUCUUCAUAUGAUGCGAAAGCCGAAUUCAGUAACAAUUAAAGUAUAUCUUCAUUUUCAGUCAAAACUCAAGCCGUGGCAAUCUUUCCACUUAAUGGUGCUAUUAGAGGCAAAGACAUUAGUCUUCGUCAGAAUCCGCGUGGAAUACUACGCAACGUAAGACCGGCCCCAGGCCCUGACCGAACCCGGGAUGGAUCAUACCAGUUCUACGGAAGAAGCAACAGUUAUAUUCUUUUCCCUAACAGAGGUGGAAUGGACACGAAAAGGUCCAUUACCCUUCUGGCGUGGAUUUACCAUCAGGGGCGUGCGGGACCAAUUUUUAACUAUAUGCCGAACGGCUGGGGCGUGCAUUUCUGGAUGAUUUCACCUAGAACGCUCUUUGUACGAUUCACGCGCCGCCGAGGACGCCGCUUCACCAGAGCGGUAAUUAGUAGGACAGUCUCGCCCAACAGAUGGCAGUUUGUUGGUGCCACGUAUAGUCAAAAGACCGGCGUUGCAAAAUUGUUUGUAAAUUCGAGGUUUGUCGUGCGAAAGCGCAUUGGAAGAAUAAGACUAGCGACCAACUAUCCCGUUAGGAUGGGGGCACGCAUUGGAGAUGGGAGAUACUUUCGAGGACGAAUAUCCUGUAUGCAGGUGUACAAUGGCGCACUAUCUCGCUUUCAAAUCAAGACUAAAAAGCAAAGAUGUUUUAGAAGUAAGUCAUUAUUUUAAAGACAUUUUUUUCCUUGCCAUAGUUUAUAGAUUUAAGUUACUCUUUCUUUUUUUUUCCUCUAAAUUAAAGGAACAUAGAAAUAAACACUGAUCUCAGGUACUGCUGGCCAUCUUGAAUAUAACUGCUCAAAAGACCUCGGUACUUUAUUUUCGCCGUUUGAGUAAAACGGAUAAGCCGCAUGAUCGACGAUGACCAGUACAAAAUAUGGAUCUACAAGCUUUAGCAGAAAUCCCCCUCUCUGUGUCUUAUCGAAGCUCUAUGCUGGAAUUUUGUACAAUAACAAUGUUUUCGUUCUUCCUUGCUGUGAUAGAACCCACACGUCCUCGCCCCGGGCCCAGGCCUAGACCCAGACCACGACCGAGACCACUGCCAAAGCCAAAGCCGAGACCCAGACCUAAGCCUGGACCAGGUGACAAUUUUAAUGUUGAGUCUUUUUAACCGUUCAAUCACUGACGUAUAAGAAACUCUCCAUUUUCUUUUUUAUCGUCCUUUGUUUUGUUUAGUUUAGUUUAGUUUAAUUUUAGGGCGUUGGUAAAUUAUAUCAUUUGCCUUUCAGUUAGGACGCCCCAAAAAUGAAAUUAAGAAACUGGCACUGUUAACAGAAGUCGAAGUCUUCUUUUAUGUUUUCCUGUUGAUAGCGUCAUGGGUGGCUCUCCCAUUUUGUUUUUACUUCUAAUUUUUUUCAUUAUUGAUAUAUUUUGUAUUAGUGUGUAGAGCAUCAAUCGACCUUGCCUUCCUGAUUGAUGGUUCUGGAAGUGUCGGUGUAAAGAACUUCCGCCGCUGCCUUGCAUUUGUCCAGAACCUCAUCCGAGGAUUUAAGAUUUCACCUCGCUACACUCGCGUCGCAGCAGAGGUUUAUUCUUCCAGUCCGCGUAGAAUAUUUCCUUUCACACGCUACAGAAAUGUGUACCAAGUGUUAAGAGCCGUUGGAUCCAUAAAAUAUCCUCAUGGAGGCACCAAGACAGGAAAUGCUCUUAGGGAUGUCAAAAGAUAUCUCUACCGUGGAAGAUGCAGGCGAAAGAGGGUUCUCAUUGUAUUGACUGACGGACGAUCACAAGAUGCUGUCCUUAAACCAUCACGGGCGUUAAAACGCGCCAAAGUUGAUAUUUUUGCUGUCGGCGUGGGUCGGGGCUACAGUGUGACGCAGUUAAAUGAAAUAGCGACCGACCGAGGUCACGUGUUUACGGUUGAUUUUCGAAACCUCAACUCCAUCAUUAAGGCCAUUAAAAAGAAAGCUUGCAAAGGUAAGCAAUGAUGCAUUUUUGCGGGCCACUUGAUAUACUAACUGAUAGUACUGAAAAUGUAAGGAUUACUAGCGAUGCGAAGUUCGUGAUUGUGAAAUACGACUUCACUGGCUUUUUAAUCCACCAAGCGGCCGGUCAGAACACAGUUUUUUGCGUUUUUUGCAUCAGUAUGACACUUAGUAAUUCCUUCGUUUUGCAUUCUUAUUUUGUGUUUCAAUUAAUACUUUGAAUUCUUCUCUUGCUAUUUUAAGGAGGACGAAAGCCACCAGCUCCACACAGACCGUCAGGUAUGGUUCGCUGACAAUUUUCCUUUGGUUUUUCCUCUUUUUUCUGUUUUUUUCUAAUGGGAGUGGCAGGAUGUCUGACGGAGGAGGCUAUAUUCCCAUUCUGAGUAAGAGAACCAACUAAAAUAUUAAAGGCUUUCUAAACUUCUCAAGGGCUUAUAAUUUCUUUUCAGGAACACUACGAGCCGUUGCUGUGUACCCGUUGAACGUCCUCACUAAGUCACGUGACAUCAGUUUUAGCAGAAAUCCACCAGGUAUUAUGUCGAAUGUUCGACCUGCUCCAGGCCCUGACGGACGGCGUGGGACGAGCUUUGAGUUCCAGGGACAAAGGAAUAGCUUCAUAGAGUUCCCAAACAACGGUAAACUAGACGCGCGAAAGUCCAUUACCAUCCUAGCUUGGGUGUACCAUUUGGGUCGAGCAGGACCAAUAUUUAACUACCAUCCAAAAGCUUGGGGUGUUCAUCUCUGGAUGAUUGGCAGUCGGUCUCUCUUUGUUCGUUUUACAAAACGCCGAACGCGAGACUUUACAGCUGCUUUGGUGAGUAAGACUGUAAAACCCAGCCGCUGGCAGUACGUAGGCGCGUCUUACGAUCAUUCAACUGGAACUGCCAAGUUGUUCGUCAGUGGUAGACUGGUGGCGAAGAAGCGUGUCGGAAGAAUACGAUUGGCAACAAAUUACCCGGCGCGGACGGGAGUGCGGAUUGGUGAUCGCCGAUAUUUCCGCGGUAGAAUUUCAUGUAUUCAGGUGUACAACGUCGCGCUAACAGCACGACAGAUACAGGCACGAGCCAAGAGAUGUUUUGUGCCAGGUUAGUGUUCUGUCAACGGAGAAAGCUAUUUCAUUUGAAUGCAAUGCAGGGCAUUGAUAUUAUAAAAUUCCUUUUGCAUGUCUUUUAUACGCCCGUUUAAACUUAAAAUGCGUUACAAUUACUGACUUACUUACAAAUAUUAAGUAACUAAAUUAAAAUUGGUCAAGAGUUAAGUGGUCAACAGAUGCAAAUGUCUUUUGUAAAUAGAAUAUUAAAAAUAGUUUACAAAAUGUUUAGUGUCUUUUUUGUCCGUUAUUUUACCUGUUUGCGCAGGGGCAUUUCAAUAAUUCAUUUGAUGAUCUCUUAACCGAAAAAUUGAAGAUAAUGUUGUCAUUUGAAAUCAGCAUUAUUGCGCUUUAGUUGACAUUUUUUUUUUCUUUACUGACCUUUUGCGUUCCUCUCAAUCCAAAUCCACCACAGGGCUCCCAAAACCUCGUCCACCUCCUCGCCCAUCAGGUAACUUGUAUAAGAGCAGAGGAUGCUUCACAGACAAGCCGCGCAGAGCCAUGGGAAGGCUUCUUGGCAACUUGCGUCGAAGAAGAGAUGCGAUUAUGCGUUGCUUUAUGUUAGCGUCCAGAAGAGGGUAUCGCAUGUUUGGUGUGCAGGAUGGUGGAGAGUGCUGGUCAGGUCCUUUAGCGCACCGGACAUUUAAGAGAUAUGGACGCUCAAACAGGUGCAGAAAUGGAAGAGGAGGUCCUUGGGCAAAUGACGUAUAUAUCAUUAUCACUAGAAGUGAGUAAAGCGGAAAUUAGAUGUAGAAAUCCUGAUGACUGUUUUGUUCUUUCUGUAGUUUUUCUUAUUUUAUUUUUUUUUUACCUGAUUUUGAACCCAGGCCCUAGUUGUUCGAAGGCCGAUUAGCGCUAACCCAGGGUUAAAUUUUAACCCAGGUUUCUUUUUCUUUUGUUCAAAAGAAUUUUCCCAGAUUAUUUUCUCUAUUCUGUUUAGGCCAUCCAAUCAUCAAACUGUAAAGAAAAAGAAUAAAAGUAAUUUUGCUUUUUGAGCUUUGAUAUCUGAAUUCAAAUUUCGCACUAACCCUGGGUUAUCUUCGGUUAUCUUAACACUGCUUUAAACAACCCUGCCCAGAUGUUCAAGUAACGUCCGUGUAUUAAUUCGUACACACCUCUGUUCGGGUAGACAUUUUGAUGAUAACUGCGCGACAAUGUAGUGUUGGUUUUAAUUUUAGAAAAAGCUAAACUUUCUCCGAAGAUUCUGUGUUCUAAUAUGUCAGUGCUCAUGUAAACUGCAUGUGAGGGUGACAAGUAGCCCGGACCAAAUUGCAGCGUUAUCUCUAUCUGAGAGAACAAAAAUGGCUGGCUAUAUUUAAAAAUUGUUAAGUUAAGCACAGUCCUAACGAAGAUGAAUUGUAAUUUCUGAUGCAUUUUUGUUUUAAUUUAUUAAUUUUUUUUUUAUUUUUUUUACCGUUUGUCAUCUUAGGACCUGUUCCGCGACCGCUUCCUCGUCCCAGACCUCAGCCUCGUCCAGCCCUACCAGGUAUCACUGCUUUACAUACAUACUUGCUGAAGUGAUAUUCAACCUAAAACUCCUCAAAAUAUAUAAACUUUAAAUUGCUUUCCAAUCUUUUUUCUUCUUUAUAUACAUGGCAAAUUGCAAAAACAAAUGACGAUCUGUGUUAUUUUCUUAUAUCUGUAGGAUUUACAUUACCUGCAGAAUUAAUAUUUUUCUUGCAACCAAGGCUGCUUAAAAAUGAUCGCUUAUAAAAACAUCACCCUUAAUUUCUAAGCGGUAAAUAGAGGAUUGGGUUUAGGUGUUAAUUUAAUCAGAACUUGUUGUUGGAUCAGAAGGGAACAUUAAUCCGCGUUCGACUCGAUAAAAAACAUUGUUUAUAAUGCCAUUUUUUUCUAAUAUAGUCUGCAAGGCACGUGUAGACCUGGGCUUCAUUGUGGAUGGUUCCGGAAGUGUUGGCCGUGCCAACUUUAUCAGAUGUUUGAACUUCAUCAAAAACUUGGUGAGCUCGUUUACUAUCUCACCUCGAUAUUCAAGGGUGGGCAUCUUAGUAUACUCUCAUCGCGUCAUCCCAGUAUUCUCGUUCGGAAGAUACCAACGUCUCGGCGACGUACUGCGUGCUAUCAACAAGAUCAAGUACCCUAGCGGAGGAACCAAGACAGGUCGCGCGCUAUCAUACUCAAGAAAGUACCUGUUUGCAAGGAGUAAUUACCGAAAGGUCCUCAUAUUGAUGACAGAUGGCAAGUCGUACGACAAAGUGAGGCAGCCAGCCGCGACGUUACGAAACAUGGGUGUGGAGGUUUUUGCUUUGGGCGUUGGAAAACGUUUCAGCAUGCGGCAGCUCAUUCAGAUAGCAAGCAAUCGCCGGCAUGUUUUUACCGCAGACUUUAAAAACUUGGGCUCAUUUGUGAGAGCGAUUAAGCAGAAGGCUUGCAAAGGUAACCGCUUUUUUUUAGCAUACGUAUUACCUUGAAGUAAGGGAGAUUUUAUGUUCAUAAAGGUGUUGAUGCGAAUGUGGUGUCAUGAAUCCAGCGUAACCUGCAUCGCACAGGUCACAUUCAAAUUUUUUAACAAGACACUGUUGGAUCUUAAACAGCAACUCCAUGUUCGUAAAUUUUGAAGGUUACUUGAUAAAUUGAAGUGGCUUGUUUAUAAAGUUGAACGUGAACUAUGCCAUGUAGGUUGGUGUGGCGUCCGACAGGGCGAAAUGGGGUAUCUUCUUCCCCAACAGGACAGCAUCUCCUUAACUAUGUACAUAGUUAUAUAUCGGGUAGUCAAGGUGUGAACAUUACACUUUUUUUUUAGUGUUGUUAUUGUUAUUGUUAUUGUUUAUGUUGUUUCCGUGUCAGUGGUGUUUUUUUUUUCGGGGGGGGGUAUGCUUUGUUUUUGUUGUUGUUCUUUUGUUUUUGGUUUUUUGUAGUACCCUAUGCUCUUCCACUGUUACGAUUGAUGUUAGUGUUAUUCAUGUCUGAAAGUAUCUUCUAUUAGAACAGCAUUUCAACAAUCUAUCAAUUUUUUUCUCUCCUUUUUAGGUUUGAAAAAACCCAACAAGCCACGUAAGUAAAAAAAGUGUUACACUUUUGUACUAUAAACAUCUAUCUUAAAUUCAGCUUGUUUCACGGUUCAUGUUUUUCGAAAACUGGUCCCCUCAGUUGAUAUCAGACCACUACACAGACAAUGGGCAACGGUUUAAGUAAUAUUAUCUGAAGAAAAUAUGAAUCAACAAAUCGGUGGCCGUAUGGAUCGUUUUAUUUAUUGGGUUAGGGGAGACAUGCAUAGCUGAAUAAUUAAUAUCCAUCUUUAGACAGAUAUCUUUUCUUUGUUUCCUAACAGACGCCAUAUCGUCUAUCGCCAUAUUUCCGUUUAGUAAAACAUAUAGGGGAAGAGAAAUACGGAACAGAAACCCAGCUGGUCGUCCCUUCCGGGUCUUUUUAGCCCCAGGCCCUGAUGGACUGCCAUAUGGCUCUUACUACUUCCCUGGCCGACGAAGUAGUUACGUGGAAAUCCCUAACAGAGGAACACUGGACUUAAGGAACUGUGUGACCAUAUUAGGGUGGAUUUAUCACCAAGGAAACGCGGGUCCAAUCGUGAACUAUAAACGCAACGGAUGGGGAGUGCACUUAUGGAUGGUAAGUCCUAAGACGCUCUUUGUACGGUACACGCAGCGUCUUGGCCGGCGCUUCACGCAUGCUUUGGCGUACCGCGGUGUCAGGCCGCGAUCUUGGCAAUUCGUGGGAACGUCCUACAACAAAAAUACGGGUGUUGCCAAGCUCUAUAUCAACGGCAAGAUGGUAGCACGUCGCAAGAUUGGCAAGAUAUCAUUGGCUACAAAUUACGAGAUCAGAGUUGGAGCACGACAAGGUGACCGACGCUACUUCCGCGGAAGAAUUGCCUGCCUGCAAUUUUACAGUGCGGCUCUGACCACAAAUAUGAUCCGACGGCGUAUGAAGACUUGCUUUAGAAAAGGUAGGCGCUUGUAAAAUGACAUAUUUUUUUGUCGUAAUGGUCAAUAAUUACAUUGGCGGAUCCAGGGCCGAAAAGACAUUUUUUUAGACCGCCCCCUCCCCUCUUAUCUCAUGGUCUGGAUGACCGCCCCCCUCCCCCUCAUUAUCUGAAGGUCUGGAUUCGCCACUGAAUUAUGAGCUCCAAGUACUUCAUUUAGCCUAAAAGGGGCUAUGUCACGAGGAUAUUAAUGUUUUAGAUAAAUUCUGUGUUGAAGUCAUUACUUAAUGCCUUUACUUAUAAACAAAAUGCUCCUGUAGAGUUAAGAAGAAGAUGUCGAACGAAUUUCACUGGGGAGUACUAACUAUAAUAUUUUUGGUACUUUUUGCAGGCAUAGCUUUAAAAAUUGAAAACAUUGGCCCAACUUUCAAUCCAUAUUUAUCCAGGCCAUCCGUUUUCAACAAACGAAAGGAAACAGUGUCACUCCCUAAAUAUAGUAUUAAAUAACAACUCAACCGAUACAAAGACAUCCUUCAGCUUUUUUAAAAGAUACAAAAUAGCGUGACGUAGCCACUUUAAGUAAAUGACCCAGUAUUAGAAGUAAUCUCAACAAAAAAAAUGAAAGUCAAACGGUUAUGGUUACGGGUGAUUGUAUACACAGUAGCAGGGGCACUCAACGACAGUUUCCUCCUUAUACAUUGAAAACACUUUUUAGGCUGUCAAGAGUACUUCUAGAAAUGCAUUCUAAGUGGCGCUAUAAAAUUUGUAUCUGUUCGGCCACCGAAGGGAAACUCGAGUCUCUACGAAAUUACAAGAGAUUCAACUUUAUUAUUCCCAAAAUUUUAGGGGCAAUUUGACGUAUUACGAAAGUGAGAAUUUUUCUAAUUGCUCCCUCCAUCACAUUUUUGAAUCCGAAAAUUUUAGGUUUCCUUUUUUCUGUGAAAAAUGGCCUAACCUAAGGAGUGAAAUAUGAAAAAAAUAAACUUAAGAAAGUCGUAGGGCAUUUAUUACAGAAGCUUCGAAAAUUGUACAUGAACGGCACGGUCAUUUAGAAUUUUUUAGCCGUCCUCUAGUAAUGGAAAAUCCUAGGGAAUAUCUACUUCUUCGAACAACGAUUUUAGAGAAAGCAGUCGUUGGGUGCCUCUGACAUAGUUACCAGCUAUAUUUGUCCCAAAAGGAACUCGCACAAACUAACCAAAGAUGACUGAUCGUAACCAACAUAGUCAAAUAAAGGUGGAUCUUGAAUAUAUUGUCGUAGGGCCGAUGCCUGUUCCUGUGCCCAGACCAAGACCUGGUGGAAGAGGUAAGUAUAUAAAUUAGAUUUACAAGAAUUUAAAAAACGAGUCCUUUACACAGUUUAUGGAUAACAGGUGAGUGAUUUCGGUCGUUUACCAACGUGCUGUUUAGUUCAGCAGUACAUUGGAUACAAAAACCAGCUGAAUACUCUCUGCCAACAAUAGACAAUUAUAAUUGACUUCGAAAAACCUUCUUGCUUCUACAUCCUUCAUGGUGGUCCUUUAUUUGUCAAAAAUACGCCUCUAAUUUAUUAUUUACGCACAAUGCAACAUGUAAUCCUUUUCAGCGAGGGAUUAACUUGGAAAAGAAGAAGAAUUUCAUGGCUUUAACUAUUUUCUUUCAUAUUCCUGUACAUUUCAUUUUUGUUUUUUUAGUUUGCAAAGCUAAACUUGACCUUGGUUUUGUCAUUGAUGGCUCUGGUAGCGUGGGAAUCAAGAACUUUAAGCGCUGUCUUCAGUUCAUAAAGAACAUGGUUCGCACAUUCGUCUUGUCGCGACGUUUCACACGAAUUGGCGCCGUUCUGUAUAACACCAGGGCUUACAAGAUAUUUGGAUUUAAUCGGUAUGGCAACAAAAACCAGGUCCUUAAGGCUGUAAGCCUCAUACGGUACCCAAGGGGAGGGACCAAGACAGGCAGGGCCCUUAGAUACGCGUACCGUUAUCUCUUCCGUCGAAGUAAGAGACGAAAGGUAUGUAUGAUUUGACUGCUGUAACGUAACGUAUAUAAGAUGAAAAAUCCAUAGAAUCAUAGUUGUUCCUUCCCUUUCCACAGUACUCAUGUUAUGCCCGUAGCACUAAAGCUACUGUAAAACAAACAACAAAACGUACAACUUUUUUUGUAACAUUGCUACAAAACGAGUUGAAAAGCUACGUUGUUGCGCGUUUUACUGACUUCUGAUGAGAUAAAAUUACGCGGGAGUCCCGCCAUACAUGGAUCUUACGUCACUUGCUGCAAAGCAAGUUUGCCUUAGGCCGGUAAAACGCGCAACGUGUACAGAUUUUUUUGCAAAAAGUAACAUCGAGUACUCUACUUUCUGCAACAACUUUUUGCCACCUGCAACAACGCGAUUUGUUGCAAGACAGGUUUGAUUCUUGGGUGGUUAAACGAGCAACAUCGGUAUUCAACUCGUUUUGCAGCAAUGUAAAACAAAAUGCACGUUUUUGAUAGAUGUGUAUGAAAUAAAUCAUAUAACAACCAGCUCCCAACAUCGGUGGCUUCAUAGCUUAGUUGGUUAGAGCAUGGCACCAGUAAUGCGAGGUCACGGGUUCAAAUCCCGUUGAAGUUAUGAAUUUUUUUCAGGCUUCUUACGCAACUGCAUAAAUUGCUUUCACAGCGGCGAAGAUCAUUCUUCAUUUGAUUGGAUGUUUUUGUUACCCGUUUUAACGUAUCGUAAAGAACGUUCGUCAAGGCACAUGCAUGCAAUUGAUGAAAGUUAACAUGGGUGACCCCAGCCUUCAUCUGGCACCUUUCAAGUCUCUCUAACAGUGGUUGCUAUCAAAGGAUCGAAAAAAAGAAAGAAAUUAGUGUGUUGAAUGUUUAGGCUUGGAAUUGAAUGUUACCUUUCCACGUCGCUCGAUGAUGUAGUGUAAUGAUCAAACCGGUCACUUCAGUAAGUUUUUCAGAAAAGGUCUUCUGAUUCGCAUUCUCAUUUAAGGCCGUCAGGGGCUAAGUCGCGUCUAACCAUGGGGCGCGAAAGAGAUCCAGUGUUACUAACAGAACACGUACAGUUGAAUACGAGAAGGCCUGGCUUUGAAAAAAACAGAACAAUAUCUCAAACAAUGGACAAGCAAUUUGUUAUGUCACGUGCAUAGACCAUACAACUAAUCUGAUCGAUACAAUUUCCUUUUUCGUCUUCUUAAGGUGUGUAUUGUCAUGACAGAUGGUCGCUCGUACGACAGCGUGACUGCACCUGCGCGAACCAUGCGCAAAGGAGGAGUUGAAAUGAUCUCGUUGGGUUUGGGAUUGCGUUACAACAUUCGCCAAUUACGACAAAUGGCAUCCAGCCGUCGACUCGUGUUCACAGCACGAUUCAGAAAUCUGAAUUCGGUUGUGAGAGUGAUAAAAAGGAAAGCUUGCGGUGCAACAGGUCGGUAAACACUGAAACAAACAAGGUAUUCAGUAUUACAGGGUGUUAAAAUGUGAGUAGCGUGUUUGGCAGCCAAGGCAAAAUAACCCUUAUGCUUUAUAGCUAGUUUCGAUAGUACUGUAUCUAAAAGGAAAGACAUUUUUCCUUUUGCUUUUCUUUUUUUUAAACCCUAUCCUUUUAAAUUUUUUCCUACCUUAGGUGUAAAGCCAAGACCACCUCCUCGACCCAAACCUCCACGUCCUGGACAGGCUACUUACUACUGGGAAGGCUGUUAUAAUGACAAAAGAAGACGAGCUAUUAAAUCUAGACUCGGCAACUUCCACAGGCACAAAGAUCCUAUCAACGCAUGUGCUAUGGCAGCCUUAAGGCGAGGUUACAAAGUCUUUGCAGUUGAGAACGGUGGAGAAUGUUACUCGGGCCCACGGGCGUAUCAGACAUAUAACCGAUAUGGACCGACCAAUCGCUGCAGGCGAGGAAGAGGAGGAUCAUGGGCAAUGGAUGUGUACAAAUUUGGAAAACGUAAGUCUAGUUAAAAAUUACUCGGCAUCUGUGGCAUGAGGUGCCUUGGACUGGCCGUCUUCAGAAUUAAGGAUAUUCUAAAUCCGUUUUUACGCUAAGAUUACUCCUUGACAGUUACAACCCUGAUUGGCUGCAUGACAAUAGUUGUUUUUACAGUUAUUAGCGUGUUUGAUGUGGAAACAAGUCGAAAAGGUCAUUCUGCAUUGAAAUAACCCAUUAACCUCGUUUGAUCGUUUGUAUGCCUUCUUGGGCAAAGGAAUAUUUGACCGUAGUAUCAACUGUGGUUAUAUAUGUAAACAACAUUUCAGUUCUUUCAACACCUUGGGGAAAAAACAUUUCCAACUUCUUUGUCUAUCCUCAUUCCGAACCACUUUUAAUUGAAAGAGCUCAAGAAUCAAAGUAGAGAGAACCAUAUGUGUUCACUUUCUUUUCUUGCCCCAUUCGUGCCUGGAAUUUUAUUGGGCCUCAGUAUAAAACUGACCAUAGAUUUGUGCUUCAUCCAGAUGUCAGCAUAUUGCUCCUGCCAAAAGCAAAAAAGUUCAGUUCAGCUGGUGGUUUCCACUUUUGGUCUGCCAAACCUUUUUCAUGCACAAAUACUGUAAUGAUGGUGUGAACAGAACAAAGUGGUAGAGGUCUCUAAGUAGAUUUAACCAGGAGCCUUGAUAUGUCGAAUAAAAACAACAACAACAACAACACCAAAGGUCUUGAUGAAUUUUUCUUAUUGAUGACCAAACAUUAAACUUAGUCAUGUAAUAGAAAUUAAUGCCACAUACUAGUAUUUUGCUUUUGUCUAACCAUCCUCUGUUAUAUUCUAGUUCGUGGCUGGUCCAAUGUCGUUAUCCGAAACCUUGGCUGUUUUAGAGACAAACGAAGGCGAUCUGCAGGAAGUAUGGUGGCUAACUUGAGAGGCUUGAAGUAUGCUGUCAGAGACUGCGCGCGCCAAGCGCGAAAGAGAGGUUACAGAAUCUUUGCCGUACAAAACGGUGGCGAGUGCUUUAUGGGUCCGAGAGCUAAAAUCACAUACAAAAUGUACGGUCGAUCAAAGCGAUGUCGAGGAGGGAAAGGAGGUCCUUGGGCAAAUGAUGUUUAUAUCAUUAUCAUAAAAGGUACACUCCGAGACCUGUGCAGUAGUGAUUUCAGAAAACAUCUGAUGACUGAAUAGACUUCUUGUCUUUAGAGUUUUGUGCGCAUGCCCUGUAGACUUAAUAUGGUCAAUGGUGUCCACAGUCCACACUUGUGAGUGUAGUGUCGUCCAAAUCAACCCGAUUAAGGUUAAGCUAAUGGAACGAGGAAAAUUCCAAUUACCAGAUCGGAAUAAUUCCUCUCUUAAAACUAAAAUCGCUCAGUGCGACUACGACAAGUAUUCCCGUCAUUGGACACAAAACUGUCAACCUCUGAAAACAUUAUCUCAGUUUUCAUGGCUCGCACAAACUCUUUCUCCAAGUUGGCAAAUUGGUGAAUUUAGAAGUCAAAUACUCAUCUUUGUCCAUCAAUUAGUUGUUUUGUACUAUGUAUACUCUAGGAAUAUUUAAGUUGAAGGACUAAAAACAAAAAUCGGAAGAUGUUAUUAGUUACGAUUACUUUUGUGGAAAUGUCAAUCUUUGUCAUUUAAAUGCAGCUGAAGCUUAAGCUACGUGCAAACGGACGAAACAACUCCCAACAAUGUUGGGAAUUGUUGGCAAACAAUGUUGCGCCCGUUUGCACGGGGCUAAAAGUAUGACCGGUUUCAAACUUUGCGGAGCAACACGCAACAACAUCCAACAACAUGCAUAAGGGUGUGCAAACGGACGCAACAUGUAACAUCCAAGAAUGUUGGGAGUUGUUGGCCAACAAUGUUGCGUCCGUUUGCAUGUAGCUUUAGUCAUUUUGGUGUUCUGUGUUCUUUAGGUCGACCACGGCCCAGGCCUAGACCGAGACCAAGGCCACGGCCCAGACCUAGACCAAGACCGAGGCCACGGCCCAGACCUAGACCAAGACCGAGGCCACGACCCAGACCUAGACCAAGACCAAGGCCGCGACCCAGACCCAGACCUAGACCUAGACCACGGCCAAUACCUGUUCCCAGACCGUCUGGCAAAGGUAGGUACAUAAUAAAGAAUGUGCCUAAUUGUUUGAACCGUGGAUUUAAUGUUGCGUCCAAUUUGCGCUUGGAAGACAUGGCUUCAGACGUGGCUGCUGUAAAAUUGCACUGAUCUAUAUAAAACCUCCAGCUCAUUGGCAUGCAUUUUCAUGGAAGGGUUUGCAGAACCUUAAGAGCUAGGAGUCAAACACUCUAAUCGAAUCACCUGUAUACGGUCGAAUUUGUUAUUAUUACUGCAUCACGCGCUUAGUGUUAUUUUAACCUUUUUCUUUUUUCUCUCAGUUUGUCGUGCGCGUCUGGACUUGGCUUUCUUGAUUGACGGUUCUGGCAGCAUUGAGCGUUCAGGCAGAGGCAACUUUCGGCGCUGUCUAAAUUUCGUCAAGAGAAUGGUAUCUUCCUUCAAAGUGUCACCCUCCUACACCCGGGUUGGCGUAACUCUCUUCUCAUCUCGAACUUGGCUUGUUUUUGGUUUCAACCGUUUCAGAAAUAAGCGACAGAUCUACCGAGCAAUAGAUAGAAUCAGGUAUCCGAGUGGAGGAACAAGGAUUGGAAGCGCACUACGCUUUGUAAAAUACAGACUUUUCCAAGGUAGCAGACGGCGAAAGGUGGGCAUUGCAAAGUUAAAUACUUUACGUAUUUGCUUAGGAAAGGAAUCAUUUUCAGGAACUUAGAUGUCGCUCAUUAAAAACUGAAACUGAGCAUUUAAGUUCAAAUGAUUCCGCCAUUGAAUAAAUGAUGUGAAACUUGACAACAGCAAACAGGACACAUUCAUUUUUUUGUUAUUUCUUUUUCCCGUGGAAAGCAGUCUUUUUUGACAGCGACAUUAGAGUUUAACGGUGUAAUUCUGUUUAUCUUACAAUGCAGCAACUAAAAAACAAUAUUGCAAUGGUAAGCUGUCUAUAUUACAGCUAUAAUAAUCAAUUUACCCACAUACUGCCUCCGAUUUAACUUUGAUGACGUUAAUGUUCUGGAUUUAUUUCUUUUAUUAGGCCCUUAUUUUGCUAACGGAUGGCAUGUCGCAGGAUCGAGUCUUAAGGCCAUCUCUCGCGCUUCGUCACAGUGGAGUAAACACUUUCGUAGUUGCAAUCGGAAGAAGAACGAGCCGUCGACAAUUGACUCAAAUCGCGUCCAGUUCGAAGAAUGUUCACAGAACAAGCUUUGCCAGGCUAAACUACCUUGUACGGUCCAUCAAGACACAAGUCUGUGCAGGGAAAGGUAAGAUUGAAACUCAGUUUACUUUUGCUCUGGUAAUUAUAUGUGGGACAACGUCAUGUUUUUAACACAAAUGAAAGUGAAUGUCAAGGAAGGGGUUUCAAAUUAUGAAUUAUUAGUGCCAUAUUUCUUACUGUGCUUACUUCUCCAAGACGUAAUAUUCCCCUCUACUUGAGCGUUUACGAUUUUUGCUUGCUAGAUAAGUAUAAGGUUCCUUGGAAAUUUUCAAGUUGAACCAGAAAGCUUCGUUGUGAUGAUAGAAUUUUUGACAUAUCGGGACCUUUGGCUUAUUUCUGCAAAAUUGCAGUUUAGUUGUCGACGCAUCGAUUCGAACUGUUCGGAUGGCAGUCUGGGUUCGAGCCGUAGCGUUCCCAUAGCGAAACCCGGUGAUGGACAAGUAUCUUGUUCAGUGGGUGGAAGUUGUAACACUUGUGGGUGGUUUAUACUACAAGGGAAACUUCUAGCUCUGUGUACCUUUAUGGUUGUGAACACCUUUACUUUCCCUGAAUUGUUACAAAAAUGAUUCUUCAUUGCGCAUAAAUAAUAAAAUGCAUAAUAUUUAUUUCUAUCACAGUCCCAGCUGGGUCCAGGCCUUCUGGUCGAGGUAAGUCAAUGCCUUAAUAGCCCAUUUUGGAGUUCUCUAUGACCGCUGAAUUGAAGAAGUGAAGACGCAUUUUUUACAGCCUUAGCCUCAAUCUGAAAAAAUAUAUUCACAAAUUCCAUAAGAAAAUGACCUGUUUAUUACUCUGUCUAUUGUGUAUAAUCAAAUUUCAAACACUUACUUGCCAGAAUUUCUGAAUAUUUUACUUUACGUCGAGGCUAACCCUGUAUGAAUGUGUCGUUAAUAUUUGUAUUCAGCGGUGAUUUUUAAUUCGAAACUGGACUAUUUCAAAGUUCUAUUUCUUGUGUUCUCUUUCAUUUACUGAUACUUUUAUGGAACUCGUGCUCUCAUUUAAAUUCCAUAUACGUCUUGACUUCACUUUUCUAUUUUUUUUUUAUUCAGUGUGUCGUCGACGACUAGACCUGGCUUUCUUGAUUGAUGGAUCUGGGAGUAUCGAAACCUCUGGUCGUGGUAACUUCCAACGAUGUAUUGAAUUUGUCAAGACCGUGGUGUCCUCAUUCAGUAUUUCCCCCAGCCGUACCCGUGUGGGGGUAGCUUUGUUUUCUUCCCGUGCUUGGCUAAUACUGAACUUCUAUCACAGCACGAGCAAGGCAAAAGUGUUGUACACCAUAAGUAGAAUCAGAUACCCUCAUGGAGGAACCAGGAUUGGAAAGGCUUUGUACUUUGUCCUGAAUCGGUUGUUUAGACGAAGCAGGAGAGCGCUUAAGGUAAAACUUUAUAAAGGGAUGAGGCUUUAAAAUUUUCUUCCCAAUAAAAUGUUUUACGUUAUUUCAUUACUCGCGCAAAGGAAUCAAAUUCUUUUAUGUUACCGGUGCAUUUAAACCAUAACUAACGGUCCAUUUUCUCUAAUCUCCUACGCACUGUAUCAGAAUUUCGUUUCCUCUGCAGGCUCUUGUCGUUCUGACGGAUGGCAUCUCACAAGACUCAGUUCGAAGACCCGCACUUGCUCUACGGAGCAGGGGUGUAUGGGUGUUCGCUUUAGGAAUCGGCAGACGGUACCGAAUAAGACAACUUCAACAAAUAGCUACAAACAGGCGAUUAGUGUUCACCGGCAACUUUAGACGGCUGACCCAGGUGGCUCGACGAAUCGCAAGAAGAUUGUGCCGAAGUAAGAUCCAAAUUUAGUAUCUUUGUUAUAGAUGUGAGAUACUCGCCCUAACUCUAGGAUUUCUGGCCCGUCAAGCAGCCACUAUGGUAGCUUCAACGGUUUUGCUGUACUUGGCCCACGCCUCUUACCUAGGAUAGCUUUAUUUAUUUAAGUCCUUGAAUUACUUGUUGUUAAUUGCCAUCCAAACUGCUUGCAUCUGAUCAAUAAUAAACCUGUUUGUGCCAGGUCGCCCACUUCGUUCCAGGCCUUCCCUUCCAGGACCCAUCAUAAGGCCAAGUGGCCCCGGUAAGUCAUUCGAAUGUUGUAUUUCUUGCAUUCGAUUCGUUUCUCAGCCAAUCACAAACAACCAGAUGCCUUAAAACAAAAAUUUCUUUUUAAUUUUGCCCGACGAAAGUGUGAAAAGUUUGUCAAAAGACCUGUACUUCGCAUUUACAAGGGAAAUCCGGAAAUCUGGUCGGAAAUCAAAUGGUUCGCGCCAUUCCCUUCGGGGAGCUUCAGAGGACAUGGGUUGUGAUUUGAGGGGAUGCAAUUUUUCUACUCUUUUUAGGGCCUGUUUACACGGAGUGGGGGACCCCGGUCUAGUGGGGUAAGUUUCUUUUGUUUUGUGUCCCCCAGAGCGUGAAAACAAAAGAAACUUACCCCACUAGACCGGGGUCCCCCACUCCAUGUAAACAGGGUCUAAGUCUGUUUAGCUGAUUUGGAUAUACAUUAUCGGUAACGGGUCGUUCUACCACCACGUCAAAUUUCAUAGUUUUAUAUUUAUGCACAAGAUUUCCAGCCGUUUGGUUUGUGUCAAUGCUAAGCACCACAGGUGAAAAAAGAAACUGAGGAAAACCCUGUACGUAGUAUUAGUAAAAAGACGUCGUAAAACAACGCCCAACGAUGAGAACUGGGCAAACCCCGCCACUCGGUGCCCACGUAAGUUAGUUUCACAGCAAGGUCGGCAAGUGAAGACCUGAGAGUGAGUUAAACGUUGGCAACAUGAAUACCAUAAACAAUCAGGCAAUCAAAGAGUGGCAAUAAAUCAUUGCCGUGCUUAUUAUAUAGCUCGGCAUUGCGAACCUUCACGCGAAAGCUAAGCAUUAUUAGGAUGAUUUUAAUAAAACUAGACCCUUUUAAUUUUCAGUGUGUCGCAGACGUCUUGAUUUGGCUUUCUUAAUUGACGGAUCUGGAAGUAUCGAGGCGUACGGUCGAUGAAACUUCCGUCGAUGUCUCAAUUUUGUCAAACGAGUAGUGGCGUCUUUCCACAUCUCCCCGAGACACACCCGAGUUGGCGUUGUUUUGUUCGCUUCCCGUGCAUGGCUAGUGUUCAAUUUCAGACGCUUUAGAAGCAAACAUAGCGUUUUAUACGCUAUAAGCCGCAUCAGGUACCCGAGAGGAGGUACGAGAAUCGGACGCGCGCUAAAAUUUGCCAGAUAUCGGUUGUUUAGAAGAAGGAACAAUAGGCGGAAGGUAAGUGUUGAAUAUAAAGUCCUUCAUUCAGAGCCAUUCCCCAAUUGAGUCGGAUCCAGUAAUGUCCAUCCCGUGGAAAGUGUUGACGGUCGGACAGUUUUUGCAAUUGCUGAUUUAUGACACUUUACAGUUGAGUAUGAUGAAAGUUUUUGAAAGCAAAGGUAAAUUUAAGCCUUCUUCGAAAUCUUAGAUUCUAAAUGUCUUAGAAUCGUGCCCUCAAGUCUUCGAAAAAGAAUGCUUUUAACCAGACUACCCUGUUAAGAAGCUAUCAAGAAUCCAAACACAUUUUUGAAGCCGGUUUAAGGUUGGGUUAGGUUGCGCCUUGUCGCCUGAAACCACUCUGUGUUUGGAAACCUGAUGAAAGACUCCUUCUUGUGUUUAAGAUAGCAUUAAGAUUCCGAAUUCCAGGAAGAAAAAUAAGUUUUGCUUGUUGGAUAGCUCUAAUAUCCAUUUUAACGGACACAUCAAAGACAAAUUGCUCGUGGCUUGUAACAAUGAAAUACGUCAUUGACGCAACAAUUGUCACUUCCUUGAUGUUACUAUACAUGUAUAUGAUCUACGAUUUCCACUCCAGGUUCUUAUCGUCAUGACUGAUGGUAUUUCACAAGACAGGGUUGUAAGACCGUCACGUGAUCUCCGAAACACGGGCGUGCGUAUUUUAGCACUUGGAAUCGGCAAAAAAUUCAGACAGGUUCAGCUUAUUCAAAUGGCAGCGAGUCGACGAUAUGUGUUCAACGCUGAUUUCAGAAGCCUGAGCCGAGUGGUGAGGUCCAUUAAACGAACAGCAUGUGGAGGUAAUUAGAAUGGGUUAUGGCGCCAUAAACCAGUGGUUUGUUCAAUAUAACUAGUGAACACUCUUUUUAUAAAAACCUUUUUGCAAGAACGUUCAGCAUUAAGUUUGCCAAAAUAUUAAGAACAUGCUAACAACAUACCCGAUGCUCAGAGACAAACAAUUUAUUUUUCACUGCUUUUAAAUCGUACUUUCCUAAAUCCAGAAAAUCUGUUUUACAUAAUGGUCCACAUGGAAUCAGAGUGCAAGUAAAAUUUUGUUUUUUCAGCACAUUCCUAUCGUGCAUGGUCAAUGAUACAUUUACAUUGUACUUGUACAAUUCAUUAAUGUGAAAACUAUACUCAUUAUCUUGUCUUGCCUAUAUGUACCUUAAAGUUAUCAGAUUUCCGUUACUGAAAUUUAAGAACAUCCGUAAGGACAUGUCCAGGCUGAAACUGCCCAGAAAAUAAGAACGGAAAAUAAGAACGGUGCAGGCUCGACUCAAAAAGUGGACGUUCUUAUAAAAAAGAGUGUAGUACAAGUGUAAUGUACAAGUGUAGCUGUAGUUUUCAAACUCUGAAGAAACUUAAUAGUCACUUGCCUUGGUUCGAGAUUCCUUCGGGAUUGAAAUAUGAUAUGCUUUCAUGAGACUAUGUACGUGUCUUGCAGAAGCUGGGCGAGGUAAGUGAGAAAAAAAAAUUGGAAACCCAAUUUAGUUUAGUCAAAUCGUUUAUUUAGCAAUAAAACAAUAUCAAGUUAAAAGGGCAACUUACGUAAAGAUUUCACCUCGCCUAAUAUGCGCAUUGUCAUGCCUGGAAUAGCUAAUAAACAAUCUUGUCGCUGUGUUGUAGCCAAACGACUGGGCCGAGCGAAAGGAAGAGGCCGAGGGGGGCGUCGUAUACGCUGGAGAGGAUUCGGACGUAAAUUGCGACGUGGCAGACGAAUUCGUCGAAUAAUGAUGAGGCGACGUGGACGACGAAUUCGUCGUAUAAGGAUGAGACGACGGGGACGACGAAUUCGAGGUGUACGCCGGCGUCGCAGGCGAAAAAUGUUGCGUGGACGACGGAUACGUCGCAUAAGGAUGAGACGAAGGGGACGACGAAUUCGUGGAAUACGCCGACGUCGCAGACGGAAAAUGAUGCGUGGACGACGGAUACAUCGCAUAAGGAUGAGACUACGGGGACGACGAAUUCGUGGAAUACGCCGACGUCGCAGGCGAAAAAUGAUGCGUGGACGAAGGAUACGUCGCAUAAGGAUGAGACGACGGGGACGACGAAUUCGUGGAAUACGCCGACGUCGCAGGCGAAAAAUGUUGCGUGGACGUCGGAUACAUCGCAUGAGGAUGAGACGACGGGGACGACGAAUUCGUGGAAUACGCCGACGUCGCAGGCGAAAAAUGAUGCGUGGACGACGGAUACAUCGCAUAAGGAUGAGACGACGGGGACGACGAAUUCGUGGAAUACGCCGACGUCGCAGGCGAAAAAUGAUGCGUGGCCGACGAAUACGUCACAUAAGGAUUAGACGACGGGGACGACGAAUACGCAGACCAAUCAGACGAAGACGAGGAAAGCAAAGUAUGUGGAACUGAAAAUCGCAUAUUUUAAUUUAUCUAUGUUGUUUUAAGAAACGGUCUAGAUAAGAACGAUAGCAACAACGGCAACGAACAUGUUGGAAUGCAAAAAAGGUGAUAACUUUUCUACUGUCUGUACUUACUUCUGAUUGGCUUAAACAGCAAAAGUUAACAAAACUCCGUAAAGCAGUACAUAUAUUCAUCCUUACUUUCCAACCAUCUUCCAUAUAACAAAAUCUGGUCUCAGUUGGAAUAACAAAGAAAUGCUAUGUGGGGAACAUGUAAAAUUGUAAACUUUUUUUGGCUAUUGUUUUCAACUCUUGUGAUUGGUCAAAAUCUUUUAAAACAAAAAAACACCUUUUCAAAGUGGAGUGUAAAUGCAUUUUAUUGCGUAAACGGCCUUCAUGUAGGUUUAUGCAUUCUCUGUGUAAAAAUGAGAACGUUCCUAUGUGGGGAAAGCACCGUUGCCGCAUAACAAAAGAAAUUACUAUCCACCUUACCCGGAUCAUUACUUAACUCUACAGCAGUGGUGCAUAAAACGAGACGUAAGUAGCAAUAACCUCCUUGCGACUCUUUUCCGCAGGGGCCGGAAAGAAACGAAGCUUAGUUAUUAAAAUACCCAACCAUAACGAUGGCAUUGGAGAGUCAUCAGGCAAUAAUCUCCAAAUGGCGUGGGGCGAACGAAGCACAAUAGCAAGGUCCAAGAAUUCAG